AGAGGAGGGAGGAGGAGGCGGCGGCGGCGGCGAGGAGAAACCGAGGGAGGGCGACGAGAGGAGGCCGGGCCGGCGGCGGCGGGAGAGGCCGAGCGAGCGCUUUCGAGGUCCGGGAUGCCCUACAAGCUGAAGAAAGAGAAGGUGAGUGAGCGGGGGGCGGCGGCGCCCCGGGGCCGGCCCACCCCCAUCUCUCUCUGGCGCCACCCCGCCCCAGGGCCGGGGCGGUGGGGUGGGCGGGAGCGCCCGGGCGCCAAAGCCUUUCCCGGGGCCUGGCGGCAUCGGAGCUCGGGGCCUCCGCCGGGAGUGGAGCCGCCCCGCGCGCCGAGGGGGCCGAGGACGCGGGCAGGAAGCAGCUGCACUUGCAGCAGCCCGGGGCUUCGACGCAGGAUCCGUGUGCCUGUGCAACACACACACACUCACGAGCAAAUCACUGCACACACACCUGCAGGUCUAGGUUUGCAACACACACACAUACACGUAUCUAUAUCCUAUGUAGGAAAGGGCGCACUGGCCAGACAAUGCACCACAUAUUUGUUAUUACCCCUGAGCACGGGCCUCUUGGGUUAAGCAAGCGCCCGCGCGCACACACACAUCUUUAUAUCAAUAUCUGAUUCACAUAUAUAUAGGAAAGGCACUGACCGGGCAACGCACAGCAUAUUUGUUACUACACUCUUAAGCACGGGCCCCCCGCGUUAAGCAUACACAAGCACAUAUGUAUCUUUAUUUCUGUAUCUACAUUUAAUGCAUAUAUAUUUAGGGUGGAGGGAGGACGCACGGGCCAGACAAUGCACAGCGUAUUUGUUAUUAUCCGUGGGUUAAGCAUACACACAAAACACACAAAUACAUAUGUCUUUUAAAUCUAAUUGCCGGAAAAGACGCCCUGGUCAGACAAUGCACAGCCCGUUUGUUGUUAACUGCCUCUGAGCACGGGCCCCCUGAGUUAGGCGCGCACACGCGCAGGCAGGCAAGCACCCACACGGGGGAGAAAAUGUCCGCACUCGUGCAGGAGCCUUGCACCUGGGGAGAGGCGGGCUGAGGAGGGUGUCGGCGGCGUAACACAAGGGUGCUGACGGGCAAGAGGCCGUUGCAUCCUAGACGGGGUGGAAGGAGAAAUGCAGGGGCCGCGAGUAAGGCGAGGGAGGGAGGAGAAGAGGCGAUCGCAGCAUGGUGCAUAGGCAAGCGCCGUUGCAUGGCACGGACGGGGGGGGAGGGGGUUGGGUUGGGUUGAGUGCUUGCUUGCUUGCUUGCGGAGAAAGAGGGAAUCUAGUAGUGACGGUCUCCGUGGCAGUUCCGGAGGCGGGGGGGGGGGGACCCAACACGGAUCUGGGCCUGGGCGUCCUAGAAUGCAGUGUGCGCGCACCGAUAGCGGAGGAUGCGCUGCGCUUCUUUGUAUGCUUCCUUCGCGUCCAUCGCUUCCGGUUCGGGGGCUCCCUGUGCAGGCGUGUGCGCGAUGCCCGUGUGCGUGUGUUGGUGUUGCAUUCGGAGGUCAGACAAGCACAAUAGGCCUCACACUUGUCUUGCCGUGCAGCAGGGGGAGGCCUAAGGGCAGAUUGCUCCCUUUAAAUCGGACCCUUGCGUUUUAAGCACAAAGUUAUGGGAAAGAGUACACAGUCAUUGUUGCCUUUUGCAGUACAUCGCAACCACACCUAAGUGGCACUGGGACAAAUGCGGAUUUAGGCAAGCGGCAGGAGUGUCACACUGUGGAAGUGGGGCAAAUUCAAGGCCCAUGAAGAAAGGCACUGACGAUGUGAUAUUUAGGAAGGAUGUGUGUCCAUGUGCAUGUAAAGAGGAAGAAUAUUGAAAAAAAGGUUUGUGUUAUUUUGUGCGGGGCACAGAGUUCAUGUGUGCGCUAUGUGCAAAUGCAGAGAAGGCUGUAUAGGUAGUGUAAGCACCUGGUGGGGCCGAUAUUGGGACACAGGAGGCUCUGGGUGCUAAGUGAGAGUGCACAGAGAACCCUGUGCAGACAUUGGCCAGGCAUUUGUUCAUAACUUUAAGGGGAUAGAAGACAGAACUCCUGUGAACUGCUGUACACUGCAGAAGUAUGCAGAACACAAACAAACGUGCAGAGUCUAGGAUUCGGAGCAGAGUCCGAAAGACUUCGCACCCCAGAAGUAAUGUGUGUAUCCAUGUAACGUGCAGUGUAGGCAUGGCGCCUCUGUGCAACAUAAGGCAUGUGGCACAAAUGUGUGGAUCAGUUGCAGAGAGGAAGUAUGCAAAGUGGGGUAUGUUGGCAUGCUGAGCUAAAGGUUCACGAGUGCAACAUUCCUGCUAGUGGAAGUGGACAUGCAUUGCAUAGGGAUUGCAUGUUCAAUUUCCAGAAGCUCUCAGUAGGGCCAAGAAAGACUUCUAUCUAAACCCUGGAAAACAGCUGCCAGGCUUUAGAUGGCUUUGAACGUAGAACAAGACCUGUUCCUGUGUACCAAUGUUCACCUUCAUGAAGCAGGAACAUGUAAAUAAUAAUAAUAAUAAUAAUAAUAAUAAUUUUCUUAUACCCCACCAGUGUUUGAAACUCCCAUUGUUCUAGGCGCAUUUUGUGACAGGGAAUUUCAUUAGCACAAGCAAUUUCUGAGUUCUGGGCGCAGCACUGUGCCUAAAAUUUCAUAUUAAAACUGCAGAGUGGAAGGAAAGGAGGACGUUUUUCCUGCCUCCCCACUUCCAGUUACUCUCCGAAGACUGGAGAAGAGACCCUCUUAAGAAUAUUAGGGGGGUGGGCAGGGGAAGGACUGGACCUUGCAAAAAAUGAACAUAAUAUUUUAGCUGCAGUUCAUUCAUUUUCAGCUUUGUAUUCUUGUUAUUUAAAGCGUGUGCCUAGACAUUAUGUUGUUGUGCCCAUAACCUAGAUUUAAGGUGCCAUUUAGCUCCUGGCUUCAUAUCCUAGUUUCUAACACUGUACCCCACCCAUCUAACUGGGUUACCCCGGCCCCUCUGGGCAGCUUUCAGGAAAAUACGGGGGGGGGGACCUCACAUCAAACAUUAAAAGCUUCUUGAAACAGGGCUGCCUUCAGAUGUCUAUGAAAAGUCAUGUAGUUGUUUAUCUGUUUGACAUCUGACUGGAGGGCGUUCCACAAGGCGGAACCAAGAAGGCCCUCUGCCUGGUUCCUUGUAACAUCACUUCUUGCAAUGAGGGAAGGGCCAGAAUGCCCUUGGAGCUGGACUUCAGUGUCCAACCUGAAUGAUGGGGGUAGAGACACUCUUUUAGGUAUACAGGGCUGAAGCUGUUAGGGCUUUAAAGGUCAAUACCAGCAGUUUGAAUUGUGCUUGCAAACAUACUGGGAGCCAAUGUAGAUCUUUUAGGACCAGUGUUAUAUGGUCUUGGUGGCUGCUCCCAGUCAUCAGUCUAGCAACUGCAUUGGGGAUUAAUUGUAGUUUCCAAGUCACCAUCAGAGGUAGUCCCUGGUUCCGAUUUAAAUGAGAGGUAUCAUCCACAUACUGAUGAACACUCAGCCCAAAUCCCCUGAUGAUUUCUCCCACCUUUUAUUUGAGCAGCAGAUAUGGACCUAAAGGCACAACACAGAAUCUCUUCACAAUAUGGUUAUAACAGAUAACAGCAAAGGUUGCUAGGUUCAUAGCAGGGGCAAUCAGGAUAAGGGCAACUAACUGACGGCUGAUUCAGGACUUUAAAUUGUGCUCUUAUAUCAAGUUUACUUUUCUGAGUAUGCUGUAAUGUUUUACUGUUGCUAUGGCCAUUGGCUAAUGCGAAUAAAGUUCUAUCUAUCUUAUCUAUCUAUCUUCACAAUAUGGUUAUCAAACACAUGCAUUUCACAGCAAAAAACAAAAGUGGUCCUGCAGCAUGGAUACUGUUUGUUAUUAUUUCUAUCCCACCUUUCCUCAGACAAGCCCGUUCUGCUCCCCAUUUUAUCCUCAAAGCAACCCUGCACCAUAGACUAGUCUGAGAGUGAAUGGCUGGCUCAAAGUCAGCCAGCAAGCUUCAUAGCUGAGUGAGGAUUUGAACCCUGGCCUAGUCCUUGUCCUGUACUCUUAACCACUGUGCUGCACAGGCUCACUAAAGCGUCAUUUUCCGCAGCAGCCCAUCACAUAUGCCUUGGAGCAGGUCAAAUUCCCUUGCGAAAUAUGUUUUAAUACAACUAGUAAAUGUAUUUUCCUUACCUGUGAUGAUGUUUGUUUAGAUUGUAGCCCGUACACACUUCCCUGAGAGAGAGCCCCAUUGAAUUCUACCUUGGUCAGUACAGCUUCUGUCUGUGUUGGGGAGGAAAUAGGCUGAAUACAGAUUUUGUUGACUGUCCACACACCAGUUGAAUGGAGCUCCCUCCCCUCAGCUUGAGAACCCCUUUUCAGUUUGUCCUCCAGUCUUUGUUCUCUGCCUGCAUUGCAAACUGCUUUCUAAAUAGCAGUUUACUAGCAUUUGCUUGCUGUUGGCAGAUAAGCCCUUUCCCAUGGAGGAUGGCAGGAGCAGAGACUCGGCUGCUCUGGCUAAGGCAGAGAGAGCAACAGGCUGCAAAACAGGCAGCUGCCCCCCACCAGUGGGUGGGACUUCAAGAGAGUCAGGUGCCUUUUUUAAAGGGAAGAGAAUUGAUCGUUCUAGCAGAAGCACUUGGAUGAUGAUCAGUGUGUUUCCGUACACAGAUUUUUCUCUUGCGCCAGGAAGUUUGUGUCUCUUGGGCACCGACAUGGAGAGCAUGGUAUAGGAGCCUAUUUAUGGGAUGGUGUCCUCUUUUUCUGUCAGGGUUUCAUGAUGCUUGCCUUGCAGGAUCCAUGAACUUUGUUAAGCUGUUGGUAAAACAGUGCAUCUGAAUGUGCUUUUUUCCUGUUCCUUUUCCUCCUUAGGAGCCUCCAAAGUCUACUAAAAGCACUACGAAAGCCAGUAGCAGCAGCGGCAGCAGCAGCAGCGGCGGUGGUGGUGGUGGCAGCAGUGGCAGUGGCAAAGAUGGAGGCACGGAGAAUUCAGAAGAGGUAGGAUGCUGAAGUCAUCUUUUGCAUGAUGUAUGUUGCAGUCUGGUUGGCUUAGAGGAGCCUUCCCUGACAUGGGGACCACCAGAUAUUUGGGACUGCAACUUCCAUCAGUGUUCCUAUCAGCCCCUGUGCUGAUAGGUUAUUGUGAGAUCAGAGAGGGAGACUGGGUUUAGUAAAGGAAGAAUGGAAACCACCAGUAGAAAUAAAAGCUCUACGCAACCCGAAAAAGCAUGUGAGGGGCUGCAAUAUGUGGUGGUUUAGCAUGUAGCAUAAUAAUUAAGUGUCUGAACUAUAAAAUUCAAAUCUACUGUUGGUGUUGGAACUCCUGAAAUUACCAUAUUUUUCGCUCUAUAAGACGCACCAGACCACAAGACGCACCUAGUCUUUGGAGGAGGAAAACAAGAAAAAAAAUAUUCUGAAUCUCAGAAGCCAGAAGAGCAAGAGGGAUCGCUGCGCAGUGAAAGCAGCAAUCCCUCUUGCUGUUCUGGCUUCUGUGAUAGCUGCGCAGCCUGCAUUCGCUCCAUAAGACGCACACACAUACUUUUCAGGAGGGAAAAAGUGAGUCUUAUAGAGCAAAAAAUACGGUAUUUCCAUUUAAGCCACAUGGCCUCAGCAGAUUCAUGGUGAUUAUAAUAAUGAUAUACUGUACCUUAUGUGGUUGUUUUACGGAUUGCAACAAAAUCAUACAUAAAACAGUUCGGACAAUUAUAAAUUUUGUAUAAGUGUUGAAUAUAAUCCAUCUAUUAGGUUUUGGUAAUUUGUGAUUAUUUCCUGAGCUCUUUUACCUACCCUCUUAUUUAAUUAUAAAAUAUGGUUGUUUUAGAUGAAAAAUAGUCAGAAACUAUUUUAUGGGGUUUGUUUGUUUUUUUAAUUAAGAGGGAUAAAGGGUGAGAACUAAACCUUGUAGGAAAGGAACCGAACAGAAGACUAAUCAAGUGUGUGUAUCUAGGGUAGAUGGAGAUUACCAAAAUACCGUUUUGGUUCACAGAAUUAAUGGCAGAUAAAUUCAAGUGAAGGGUGGCAUUCAUGGAACUGACUGUGGUAGAAAAGCGUACAGGUUGCGGACUUGUUUUCAAAAUCUAAAAGAAGAUUUUGCAUUUUUUCCCCUCCUUGAAAUUCAAAUAAAUGGCUGUAUUGUAAAUAGAAAAAAAGGAGAAAGGUUAGAACAAAAAUAUCUGUUUCUUUAUUUAGACUGAAACAUCUUUUGGGGCUGCAGGUGUUUUUGAACUACACCUCCCAUCAUGCCUGAUAUUGGCCAUGCUGGUUGGGGCUGAUGGGAGUUGUAGUCCAGAACAUCUGGAGGACACCAGGUUGGUGAAGUUUGGGUUAAAGGAACAGCAGUGCUGCAGGAUUUGAAGUACAGGGGUUCUUCUUCCCAUGGUACAAUGUGUGUAUUGUCAAAGAUGAGGAUGCCUGUGUGGUAGUGAAGUUCUCUUAGAGUUAAUCCUUCGUUGAGGCUUCUUGAUGAGGUUCUGGUAGAUAAGGUUCCCCCUCCUUGGGGUCUGCUUCCAUUUAGCACCGACACCUCAGCCUUAGAAAACAUGAGGUGGUCUUAUUUUGGAAUAAGAAACAAAGGUCCAUUUAACGGUCACUUGAAGAUAGGGCUGGGAAAAUUCCAGCUGCUUUGUUGCUUGGGUUCUUAAACUCUUGAUGCUGUCAUCUAGGAAUUGGAAAGGUCUGCAGGAUCUGAUAAUAGCUUUUAAAAAUGGAGGCCUAGGACUUGAAAUUAUUUUUCAUCAGCUGUGAGUUUGGAAGAAGUUUUUUGUGUCUGAAGUCGAGAGUGCUCCAAAGAUAUAUCCUUCAAUCAAUAGCUUUUAAUAAUUUGGGGCAACUCUGGAAUAAUAAAAUUCUAGUACUGUACUAAAAUAUGUAAACACAAUUGGGAAUUCCACCUCGUGUAUAUUUGCUCAUUGUGUCCCAAGUAGGAAGAGGAACACCAUCCACUAUGUUGGUCAGCAGAUAUCUUGGGGGUUUCCCACAACAUGACCCAGGGAGGAGUCAGGCUAGCAUUUCCUGAGUCAAUGGAAGAUUCCCGUUUUCCUACUUGAAUGUGUUGGUGGUAGACCUCUCCUUCCCAUUUUGAAUCACAGGAGUCCUAAACAUUAGCUUUUCAAGGUUAGAUCCCUUUGAUAAUAUUAUUGAUCACACCCGGGUUGUUGGUGGUGGGAGAAACUGUGGCUCUCCAGAAAUAGUUAGACUUAUAGCUCCCGUCAUCUGUGACCUUGGCCAUUCUGGUUAGGAGUUGGGAGUCUACAAGUGCCCUUUCUUUGGAUUAAACCAAACAAUGUAUUGUGGAAAGCUUUCCAUCUCCUAAUGGCAGUGAGGACAAGGUUAUUGCUUUCCCCAAAGGUAGCUGGUUGCUCUCAGAUGUAGUGGAAGAUGCUGUCCCAUAAUUUUAGAAGACAUCUGAAGGCAGCCCUGUUUAGGGAAGUUUUUAAUGUCUGAUGUUUUAUUGUAUUUUUAAUAUUUUGUUGGAAGCCGCCCAGAGUGGCUGGGGAAACCCAGCCAGAUGGGUGGGGUAUAAAUAAUAAUAAUAAAUUAUUAUUAUUAAUAAUAAUAUUAUUAUUAGUGUUGAAGUAAGAUUCAGCUUGGGGUGGGCAGAGAGGGUUAUUGGUUUGUUCCUGUUCUUCUUGUUAUUAUGCAUUUUGUGUUUUUUAUCUUGUGUUUUUAUGUUGAGAUCUACAGAUGAAGGGUGGUAUACAAAUUUAAUAAUCAUCACCAUCUCUGGUUGCAGAAACAGACUUCUUUUAUUGGCUUGAGGUAGAGUAGGGUGAAGAAAGGGACUAAGUAAGCACCGGGAAAUGCCUCUCUUCUUGUAUUGUCGUCUUGAAGAUUUACUGUAAGUCCUAACAUUCAGGGACAAGAGACCCAUUCAUAUAAUUUAGGAAUGCUUAUUCACAGAUAUGUAUAUUCGUGGGCAUCAAGGCCAUAUUCACAGCAUACAUUCGAAGUUCUGUGACACCACUUUGAACAGUCACGGCUGUCUCCCAAAAAUUAUGGGAACUGCAGUUUGUUAAGGGUGCUGAGAGUUGUUGGGAGAGCCCUAUUCCAUUUCAGGAGCUACAAUUCACAGAGUGGUUUAGCAGUUAAUACCUCUCCACAGGGAACUCUUGAGAAUUGUAGCCCUGUGAGGGAAUAGGGGCCUCCUAAUAACUCUCAACACCCUAAUCCAAGCUUCCUCACCCUCCGCCCUCCAGAUGUUUUGAGACUACAAUUCCCAUCAUCCCUGACCACUGGUCCUGCUAGCUAGGGAUCAUGGAAGUUGUAGGCCAAAAACAUCUGGAGGGCCGAGGUUGAGGAAGCCAGCCCUAAACAAACUACAGCUCCCACAGUUUUUGGGUGGAAGCCAUGACAGUCUAAAGUGGUAUCAAAGUUCUUUAAACGUAUGGUGUGAAUGUGGCCGAAGAGAGAGGGAAUAAAAUGACAAAGUGAGGUCAGGCUGCUGAAAAUAUUUAAGGCUAUCGUACGGACCCCACUUAAUCUGGGAGUAAGCCCCAUUGAAUUCAUUGAGAUUUACUUCUGAGUAGACAUGGUUAGGAUUGCAGCCAUAGUCUUUUUAGAUGCCACCAGGCACUCUUGUCAUAUUUUUUGCUGCACCAGAAUACAGCUACCCUUGUGGCAUUGAUUAAAAGUUGCUAAUGACAAUGGCUGCAGUUCUUUCAAACUAUCAGUAAAUAAUGUUCUGUUGCGCUAGCAUGGCUGUUACUAUUCAAUGAAACAACAGCUCUAGUUUUCACACAGCCUGCUAGAAAAACAAUGCCAAUGCAGUUUCUGAAAGCAUAGUUGUGAGUGUGUGACACCUAAGAAUGUGCUAAGCAAUUGUGAGCAUCCUGGAAGCAAGUGUAAAACUAACUCGAGGCUUUCCGUUAAUUUCGGCUGAGAAGCUGUUGCUAUGCCCCAGCAGUUGGCAUGAAAGAAUUGGGGGUGUCAGCUUUUACCCUCUUGAGUAGGGCUGGGAAAAAAUAUUCCAGAUUUCCUAGAUUUCCCUAACUUAACUGUUUAGGGGCCUAGCACUAAAGCUCAUGGCAAAUCCAUGUGGGUCAGGAAUCCCUAUUUUUCCGUACUUGGGAUUUAUCCCGUUCUUCCUCCACAUUGGGGAAGGCAUGGAAGAAAACCUGCAAACUGUUCAGCAGCUUGCAUCCAUUAGCAAGAUGUUCUUUGGGCUGAAAAUAAUUAGAAUAGCAAAUGGGCCGGAGAAGCUCAGAAGCUGUCCUCUAUUCCUGCCUGCUAUGUUGGAGCUGGGCAGCAGUCACACCCUAGCAAAGAAUGAUCUUUAGUUGCUUCUAAUGGGUGUGCAUCUACAUAGAGGUGAACCCGGCAGUUACCCAGAGCAAUCAGAUGCUGAAAUAUAAUGUCUGUGUGCAGGCUUUUAAUGUGCAGAGAUCUGGACACAAACCAAGAACUCCCGUUGUCUCGCUCCCAUAGACAGCAGGGCACAUUUUAAGUCUGCAUUGCUUUUUGAUGCCUUCUUGAUGGAAUUCUGGUCGCAGAGCAGAGUGGAAACAGCAGCCCUCUGAAACUACUGACCUAAGCAAAGCCCGCUUAAAGUAGAGAAAAGGGCCUGUGCCCUACAUGCAAUUCAAAGCCAGCCUUGUAGAUGUAAAUCUGCAACUCCUUUCAAUGGCAGCUGUGGCACCAGUGCGUAACCAAACUCAUGCAAUGCACAUUUAGUCAUGAGUUGGUUCUUUAUCGGAUGCCUUCUGAUUUUGAACCAGCAUCCUAGUAUGGCUCAUUUGCCAGAAUCUCUCUGAGGUCUGGACUGGUGUUGCUACUGAACAAUCCUGCCCUGCUCCAUUCCUGAUGUGCACUAAGAUGUUCCUUGCAAUUCCUCUCCUAUGUCAGAUCUGCCGCUGCCAAAGGUACAACACUAGUCGUACAAAUGGAAGCCACACCCAUUAUCUCCUGCAAGUACAGACUUAUUGCUUACAUAGGCUGACGGGGCAUGUCUUCCUUAGGCAAAACUGAUUGCAGGUUUCCAGCUCUCUCCUCCAAAAUAAUUUGUCUCUCAGUUACUCCCCAUGCAAAGGAUAAAUUUAGGUAUUUGAGGUGUGAAAAUCAUCAUGUGUGCAAGCUGAUACGUUCUCUCAUUGAAACUAAUUAUUGCAGCAGCGGCCUUUAGCUUGUAGUUGCUUCCAGUGUGCAGGGCAGGACCAUGUUUACUCUUUGCUCAAACAAAUCAAAUUAAAAUUCUGCAUCAACAAAAGUUCAGUUCUGCAAUGUCCAUAUGCUCGGGCAAAAAUGAGCACACUUGCAUAAUUUCCCUUGUUUAAUUUAUUCCCCAUUUCCGUGUUACUUAAUUUAUCCUGGUUUUUCUAGUUAGGAAGUGGGGAUGGACAAAAACCAACAGAAGGCACUGGACUCCUGUUUUUCUCCCCCCACCUAGCCAACCAAGCUUAGGAAGUCUUUGUUUAUCAAUUCUCCGGCUGCUGAGAUUUCAGGAGGCAUUAACCACACACUUUCAAGCAUGCCUUUCCAGCCACAAGAACAGGAAGCUUGCCCGCUCCUUUUUAUGAAUACUGAGUUUUUGUGGGAGCAGAAUAAGCAGUACCAUGUUAAUCCUGAAUCCAGUACCAUGUUCUGUGUUUCUGAUGCAUUGCAUCACACCCACUGCCCUUCUUGGAGCUUUACUUUAGCAGAGGAAGUUCUCCCCACUUGCAAGCUCAACAUCAUAUCAAGCUCUGUUUGUUCUGACAUGUACUGUGGAUGGACCAUAGCUCUACAGGUAGAGCUCAUGCUUUGAGUCCAGACGGCCUCGGGUUCAAUCCCUAGGAUCCCCAGCUUAAAAAAAAAAAGGCUCAUGUAGCAGGUGAUGUGCGAAGGAUAUUUGCCUGACAUCUUGGAGAGCUCCUCGCAGCUAGACACCAAUGUGAUUUUGGGAAGUUUCCUACCCUCCAGCUCUGCAGGGCAGAGAACUGGCAGCCCUAAUAAAGAUGCCGGAAGGAACAAUUAGAAGUGAGCUGCUCCAGUUUGCAAAGAGAGAAGCAGAGGUGGUGAUAGAGAAACCCGCAAAGUUCUUUUUCCAGCAACACUAAUAAAAUUACCUCUCCGUAUGGCAAUGAAUUUCAAACACUUGGGGGGCGGGCCCCAGUGUCAAGGGCUGCUCAGAAGUCUACAUUAGAAGAGCCCUGCUGGCCAGGUCAGUGGCCUAUCUGGGCAUGCAAUCCUCAGAGUGCCCAGUCAGAUGCCUGUGGAAAUCCCACAUACAGGAUAUAAGUGCAACAGUGCUCUCCCUUCCAGCAGCUGGUAUACAGGGACAUGCUGUCUCUAGCCACCAAUAGCCUUACCCUCCGUCAAUUUGCCUUCUCGUUGUUUAGUUGUUUAGUUGUAUCCUACUCUUCGUGACCCCAUGGACCAGAGCACGCCAGGCGCUCCUGUCUUCCACUGCCUCCCGCAGUUUGGUCAAACUCAUGCUGGUAGCUUCCAGAACACUGUCCAACCAUCUCGUCCUCUGUCGUCCCCUUCUCCUUGUGCCCUCCAUCUUUCCCAACAUCAGGGUCUUUUCCAGGGAGUCUUCUCUUCUCAUGAGGUGGCCAAAGUAUUGGAGCCUCAGCUUCACGAUCUGUCCUUCCAGUGAGUACUCAGGGCUGAUUUCCUUAAGAAUGGAGAGGUUUGAUCUUCUUGCAGUCCAUGGGACUCUCAAGAGUCUCCUCCAGCACCAUAAUUCAAAAGCAUCAAUUCUUCGGUGAUCAGCCUUCUUUAAGGUCCAGCUCUCACUUCCAUACAUCACUCCUGGGAAAACCAUGGCUUUAACUAUACGGACCUUUGCUGGCAAGGUGAUUUCCACAGGCAUCUAUCUCUAAUAGCCUUACCCUCCGUUGCCUAGUCCUCUUAAAGUCGCCCAUGCAGCAGUGGGUGCCUUGCAGUGUGGCCCUGAUGCUUGAGGAAAUGAAACCUGCCCCUUAGUCUGAAGCACAGUUGUUGCUCAGAGCACACGGAGGGGUAAUUGCAUUGCAGCUGCUUGUUCUUCCGGCUUCAGAAAGAGCACGAGCAGGUUGAAGGAACAGUGAGCAGACUUAAGAGCCAUUCCUGGAAAUGACAAAGCAGAGGGAACCAAGGCUGCUUAGGACGCUGCCUCAAUGCCAAGUCAGACCAUUGGUCCAUCUAGCUGACUGGCAGCAUCUUUCUGGGAAUCUCUCACAGCCCUUACCUGGAGGUGCCAGGGAUUAAACCUGGAGCCUUGCUCAUCCAGAGCAGAUGCUCAUUAGCUGAGCUACAGCCCAGAGGUGCCCGUUGCUGAACCGCAUUGCUCUAAAUGCUUGGAUGCUCCCUGCCUUUCAGUAAAACGAAACAGAGCAGCUCCUGUGCUUUCAAGAUGCUAGCAGGUCAGGGAGAUGGAUUCUAGCCUAGACAUGCUAUGUUGCCUAGAUCCUUUGUUGGUUUCCUUUUAGUGGCUUUUGAGUGGAUCAGCACUAGGAAAGCUCUCUAUUCAUUUUCAGGGCAAGCACAACUGAAGAGAAUCUUACAUAGUGGAAACAAGAACACACAAACACACACGCAUUUUAAAAGCAGGUCUAAAAAUGAACAGUGGAUGAAGACCCAAGGGAGAGGGGUGUGAGAGAGAACAUUGAAUGAGGAAACAUCAACAUGGCAAAGGCAGUUUCAAGAGCCAGUGCUGAUACCCAAGUCUUGCAAUGCUGGGACCUCAGAAAUGAGAGACUUUGUUUAAAUGUAAAGUGUGAAAAGGGACUGAGCCUUAAGUGUGGCAGGCCCUGUCCUGUGGAACUCACUGCCAGUAGAGGUUUGGCAGGAACCACCCUUCUAUCCAGAUUUCUUCUGUUCUUAACAUGAAUUCUCUUUUUUUUAGCCAAUGAGUAUUUAUUGAUGUUUUUAUGCUGAUUUUAUUCUCCUGUGUUGUACUAUUGUCUUUAUUUUUUACAUAUAUAAAAAAGUGUGGAUUAUAAAUAUGUAGGUAAAUUAAAAGAGAGAGAGCACUCUUUGCCAGAAGAGCAAAGAGAUACCCAACUGUACUGAAUGGUCAAGCCUUGCAGUUGUCCACAGUGCAGUUUUUACAAGUGUGCUAGUUUUUAUAUGGAAGCAGGAAUCAUUCAGGUAUUUGAUCGCUUCUGCAAUCUAAGAUGUCAAGCAAAAGAUGCAUUGCAUGGGACAUCUGGUUUUGUACCUUGGCUCUAAAAAGCUGUGGUUCUUCCAUCCCACUAGCCAGGAGUAGGAACGGUUACAAUAGUUCCUUACCACAUAAAGAGGAAUGAAGGAUUCUGCAAACCUGUUCACUUAUAAGACCCUGACAAAAAGGGCAGGAGAUCCUAAGUUUCUGCUGCUAAUGGCCCACAUCCUGCAAUUCUACUAUAGCUACUUUUCAUAGAAUCAUAGAGUUGGAAGGGACCCCAAAGGCCAUCUAGCCCAACCCCCUGCGAUGCAGGGAUACCUUCGCCAACCCCAACCAUCUUCUUCCGACUACUUACCUUGGGAUGCUAAAUUGUAACGUGAGAAAGAAAUCCUAAAAAGAGAUAAUUCGAACUCUUUUUGAGUUUCAAGUGUUUAUUGCUUUGUCAUUUUCAGAGUUGGAACAGAAGGCCGAAACUGGAUGUGAUGCUAAAUUCGGCACUCGCUGCUCCCUCUUUAUUUUAAAAAAGCAGCCGCUUGGCAGAGACAGGAAUUUUCAUCAGAACAACAGUGCGUGGGAAGAGGUUAAACCUUUCUUCUUGGCCGCCUUCUCCCCCUCCGGCUGCUAUUAACCGCAAGAGGGAAGCUCCCAUUCAUGGAGGAUAGGGCUUCUCAAUGGCUACUAGCCCCCAUGGCCAGGUUCUGUCCCCACUUUUGGAAGGCAAUGCUUCUUUGAAUGCUAGUUGUGGGAAUUGCAAGUGGGGGGAGAGUGUUGUUAUGCUAAGGUCCUGCUUUCGGACUUCCCAUAGCCAUCUGGUUGGCCUCUGAGAGAACAGGUCAUUGGGCCAGGCAGCCCAACCUGCGGCCCUCCAGAUGUUUUGACCUCCAGCUCCCAUGAUCCCUAGCUAACAGGACCAGUGGUCAGGGAUGAUGGGAAUUGUAGUCAAGAACAUCUGGAGGGCCGAAGGUUGGGGAUGCCUGAGCUGGUCCAUUGGUCUUUUCCAGUGGGGAGUCUUCUUACGUUCCACUGGUGCCAAAAAACCAUGUUUCCUUCCAUGCUGAUGGUAGCAGCCGUGGGAGGCGAUUUUUAUGGGAAAUUUCAGCAGGGAAGGAAAGGUCCUGAUGAAAAUCAUCCCUCCUUGUUGCCUGCUAUUAGUGGCUUAAAAAUAUGCAGCAGCAGGCAUCACAUAUAGUUUAAGUCCAGAGAGAGAGAGAGAGAGAGACUCUCUUUUAUUUCUUCUUGUCCUCAAAAAUUGGGCGGGACAGUGUGCUUGUUUUUUAAGCCAGCAAACUCUGUGCAAGCACGUUUCUGAUGAAAGCACAUCAAUUCAGUUGCAGGAACUUCCAAUAAGGCUGCUUGUUGCCUUUUAAAUCUUCUGAUCUCCUCUGGGCAAAACAAUAAGAGGCUGUUUCUGCUUAUUCUGCUGUCGCCAGGUGCUUCUAAACCAGAAAUCUUCCAGGGGGGCUCAUAUUAGUCAUUAUAAUUUGUGGAGGUUUUGUUGAGGUUCGUUUGCGUGUGUAUUCUUCUUUUCUUUAAAAAACACUCCCAACUGACAGGCUGAUACAACCUUUCUCUCUCUCUCCCUCUUUUUAAUAUACUCUAUUCAAGAUUCUGGGGAAGGAUGCGCUGAGAAGUGGCACAGGGCCUCUUCAGACUUAUAAUGAACUGGCUGUGGUGAGAUCCUGUUAAUAUUCAGCAGGCAGCGGGGGUGGGGUGGGGGCUGGCAAGGCGCCCCAUGGCCCUUGUAAGAGAAGUGGGGAGCGAGGGCUGGGCAGCAGAAAAAGGGCCAUCCAUUUCCAAAUGUCUUUUGGAGAGCAUUGUUUGGUCCAGUUUGCUUCCCACAGUACUCUUUUUUUCCCCGUGGUCCAGGGAAUGCCUCCCCCAUUUCCUAUAGCUGCCAUCCACAGCCUUUCUCUCUCCCCUCCCCACAUCGCCUAGACCUUAAAAAUGCUUUUCCUCCUCCCCCAUUGAGGGGAAAGAGGGGCUACACAAACCUGUAAGGAGAGCUUCCUGUUCUUUGAGCCUUUUUUUAAAAUGCCAUUUUUGAAACGUUUUGAAUUAACCUGCUAAGGGUUGGAUUUGGGAGGCGAGAAACGAACUUGGAGUGAAUCCAGGGGGAAGUUCUGCCAGCCUUGUGUUGGCGAAACGAGGGCAGCAUUUAGGAAUGGGGUUCUGCUUCACUUUGAGUUAUUUUUUCCUCUCUCUCUCUCCCCCUGCCUCUCCUGUUUCUAGGUGUCCUGCAGAAUCCUCCCCUCCCCUUUGAUAUAUUUGUUUAUACCAGCUCCAGUUUAAUCUCCUCCUGCUUUUACAUUUGCCAGGGCUCUGGAGAGAGAAGGCUGUGUGUGUGCGCGUGCGUGUGCAUGCGCGUACACACACACACACAGCCAUUCCUCAUCUAGUUUCGUGUAGCCUUUUAAAAAUUAAAAUCUCACUGAGUACAAAGGCAGUUGCAUCAUUGCUUGCACGAAAUAAUAAAGUGUGCAGCUAUAGCCGUAUAAAAUUCAUUCAUUCAAUUCGUAGUGCUCCCUUCUUCCCAAAGGGUGCAUAUUGCCACAAUACUUUACAUUCCAGAGCACAGUGAAUCACCAUUGUUCCAGAAACGCAUUUGGUCGUGCGGUGCAAGCUCUCCUAAAGCGUGUUAACUUGAUCAUGGUCAAGAUUGACCAGUAUCUUUGAGCCUAUCUGUUUCUUGCAGCACUUUAUCAGCCCGGGCCUUGUCCUCAGCAAACAACUCUGAUCCAUUGGAUCACCGCUGCGUUGAUGUCUGGACGAUGGACUCUCCCUCCCCUCCAGCUCCUCCUUCCCAGCCUCAUUGUUAACGUCUCCAUUCAUUAUUAUGCUGCAAAUCUAUACUUUGCUCACUUCUUAAAUCCUCUUCCCAAUGUUACUCUGCCUUGGGCAUUGGAACCUCAGGAGGAAGGCGAUUUCAAAGCUGGGGGGAAGCUCUCUGUUGAAAUCCUGCACUGUGACUAGCUUACCAAUCCUUUUGUUGCUUUCCUCUCACUGGCUUUGGGGCGGAUCAGCAUGGAGUGACUCCUAAUUAGCUCUUUGGGAGAGUAAACCCAAGGAGAGUUCGGCUCAAGGAGAUAAAAGCAGGUUUCGAAAAGAACAGCAGAUGAAGGCCCAAAAGGUGGGGGUGGGAAGGAGACCGGGUGCAAAGGCAGCAAAGGACUUUGCAUUUCAGGGUUUUUGUGUGUGAGGUUGCGGUAAGCUGCAAAGAACCGUAGAGUCCAGACUUUGCAGUUUGGUGUCAUGCAGUUUGGCCAGAUGAUCAGCUCAAGCCCAGGUGUCUGGCUACUGCAUUCACAACGCAGUAUUCGCAAUCCACCAGCCCACCACUUCAGCCUGUUUUGUAUGAUGGGGAAAGCCUUGCCUAGAUUUUGUCUUCUUUCGGAUUUGCGUCCAGAGUUCUGCCAGGUGGCUGUGCAAACGGAGAAAGGUUUGACAUUUUCUGCGCAAAACUCUUCUGCGACCGGUCUGCUGCUUCAUCCACUUCAUUAUACUGUUGAGGUGACCCACCCUCUGCAAAUGUGAAAUUAUCCUCUUAAGAUAACAGGGCACUUAUUAACGAGCAGCAAGCAUGAAUUCAAACACACCCAGGGCUGAGUCACGCAUGGCACUAGUCCCCCGCCUCCGAAGCUUGGUGGCUCUCAGCAGAAUGAGCAAGCUGUCUCCAUUUGGAAGUGCCGUGGUUCUGAAUUGACAUUGGAUGAUACGGCAGUUCUGCCUGUGGGGGGGGGAAGGCAGGCAUUUGACAUGUGCGCUAAGUGGCGGCUUGCUGCUGUAGAUAAGGAGCAGUGAACAUGCAUGUGUGAGCUAGUCCUUAGUGAAGGCAAGACUCUUGUUCUUUUGGGAUUCUCUGAGGGUGUCCGCCUUGCCUGCAUUUUAAUUUUUUUAAAAAAAUCAUUUUUCAUUUAAUGUGGAACUGGGGAACCUUUUUCAGUCUUGGAAUUCAGUUUGCAUUCCCAUGGGUCAUAUGCCCGUGAUGGGCAUGGCCAGAGGCAGUGUUAGAAAUUCCCCUGGUGCGUUUUGCGACUGGCACAGGUCCAGUUGUGACCACAUGGAGGUCUCUGGAUGCCAGGUUCGCAACUGACACCUCCAUCUGACUGGCCCCUCCUGUUUUCUUAAGAAAGUAAGCAGAAGAGCUUAUUUAUUGCAUUUAUAUCCCACCUUUUCCUCAGGAGUACAUGGCUCCUCCCCCUCCUCAGAUAAACCUUACAAUGACCCUGUGAGGUACGACAAGAGGCUGUGACUGGCUCAAGGUCACCCAGUGAGCUUCCCUGGGGAUUUGAGCCCCGAUCUCCCAGCUCCUAGUCUGACACUCUAAGCAAGGCACCCCCAAACUCAGUCCUCCAGAUGUUUUGGGAUUACAACUCCCAUCAUCCCUAGCUUACAGGACCAGUGGUCAGGGAUGAUGGGAAUUGUAGUCCCAAAACAUCUGGAGGGCCGAGUUUCGGGAUGCCUGCUCUAAGCGCUAUACCACUCUGGUUUCCUAAAGUCCCUCUGCUAUGGGGCAGCUAUAUGAAUUAAGUAGGUAAAUAAAUAUGGGGAAAGCAAAAUGUCACUUAGAGAAGGAUCUGAAAUAUUUUCCUUGAAGCUUGAACUUGUUUUAUUCUGGAUUUUAUUUGGUGUUUUAAUGUGCUGUAAACAGCUUUGAUAUUUUUUUUCUUUAAAAAAUAAAGUUGUAUAGAAAUGAAUAGCAAUAAUAAAUUAAAUUGCAAAAAAAAAGGUGCCUAGACCAGGGUUCGAAAUUAGCAGGGCGCCGGAUGCAUUUUGUGCCUAAAGAUUCUCUGUUUGUGAGCAGCUCAAAAAGUGUGGGUGCAAUUUUUUGUGCCUGGCUGACGCUCAAUGUAUGCGCUUUGAAGUCUCAAAGUAUAUGUUAAGGAGAGACAAUAUGUUAAAGAAUUUAACAAUUAAGAAGAGUUUGGAUUAAAGAGUAGAGUGUUUUGAAAACUGAAGUAUGGUACCAAUAUUGCUAUUGUAAACAUCAAAUUAAACAUGUAUUUACAAUUUCUUCUAAAAUUGUGAAAUUAACAAUGUGUCACUUAUGUGAUUUGCAUAUUAGUUCAUGCUUAUCAAAAUAAUAAAUAAAGUAUUGUGUCCCCCACAAUGGCGCUCAUGACCCAGGUACCAGAAGCCAUUUGGCUCCUAGCUUUUCUAUCUCAGUUUCUAACCCUGGCCUAGACAUUUCGCUGUGGUGACUUCAACCUAGCUUUAAGGUGCCAUUCAGUGAUUGGCUUAUAUAACUUGAGUUUCUAACAUUGACCAGAGCUGUGAAUCUUAACCUUUUGUACAGUACAGUGGUACCUCGGGUUACAGACACUUCAGGUUACAGACUCUGCUAACCCAGAAAUAGUACCUCGGGUUAAGAAUUUUGCUUCAGGAUGAGAACAGAAAUCAUGCGGCGGCAAUGGGAGGCCCCAUUAGCUAAAGUGGUAGCUCAGGUUAAGAUGAGUUUCAGGUUAAGAACGGACCUCCAGAACGAAUUAAGUUCUUAACCUGAGGUACCGCUGUAGACUACAUUUCAACCAUGCAAAAGUCAAGAGUUUUCGGUACCCGCACACCUGUCUCUCCAUUCAGGUGAGCAAGAGUCAUUAUCACAGUUCAAGAGCAGCUUACAGGCAGGCAAAAGCACUCAUAGAGGCUGGUGACAUAGGGCUGGUAAGAUGUGUGGUCUGAGGAGAGGCAUGUAGCCUAGGCAGAGUCCUGAAAGCCACAGAGAGAGUUCUGGAGCUCUAUAGUUGGCCCUCCAGACCUGAGAGUUGUACACCCUUGAUUUAAUGAAUGAAUGUGUUAUGGUAAAAGAAAAAGAAAUCAAUGUAAAUGGCAACGGAACCUCUUAAAGGAGAGAGCCCAGGCAAAUGGAAAAAUAGGGCCCUGUGUUAAAAAUGUAUAGGGUUUCUUUUCCAUUUUAACAGCUACGCCUUACGGACCUCACCGUGAAAUAAUGGCAAGGUAAUCAAUGGCUGGAGCAGUUUCUAAAAGGUCUUGAAGGAAGAAGAAAAAAGCCUACAUUUUGUUUGUAUGUGUGCCCUAGGACACAUACAAAUAAAGGAAAUAAAGGAAAGUCAAGCUAGCAUGAUGCGUUCCAGGUUUCUUUUCUCCUAGGAGGUAGUUUUUUGGGGUAAGCAUUGUGGGGCUGAAGGGUACAUCCCAAGCCUUAGGUUCACCUCCAAGAGGUGUUAUAGGUUUAACACUGCCUGUAUCCUGAUUUGCAGGAUGAGUGCGAGCCACAGGUUUCGUUUUUUGUUCGAGCAGUACAGUGGUACUUCUGGUUGCGAACGGGAUCCGUUCCGGAGGCCCAUUCGCAACAUGAAAAGAACGCAACCCGCAGUAGCGCGUCUGCGCACAUGUGGGUUGCGAUUCGCUGCGUCUGCGCAUGCACGUGAUGUCAUUUUGUGCUUAUGCGCAUGCGCGAGCGGUGAAACCCGGAAGUAAGCCUUUCCAGUACUUCCGGGUCGCCGCGUGACGUAACCUGAAAGAACGUAACAUGAAGCAGACGUAACAUGAGGUAUGACUGUAUUAUAAAACCACUGAGAGGAGAUAGACUCGUGGAAUUUGAUAUAGAGUUUGAAGGAUAUGAUUGGGUGGGCCAUCUGUCAUGGAUGCUUUAGUUGAGAUUCCUGCAUUGCAGGGGGUUGGACUAGAUGCCCCUGGGGGGUCUCUUUCAACUUUACAAUUCCCUGAUACUGUGAUUCCUCAAGGCAGGAUUGGAGGGAGCGAAUUGACACGUGAAGGGGAUGGGGAGGAAGCACACAAGUAACAUGGCUUCUCACAGCUCAUUGAGAUCAUGAUUUGGCAUUACAUUUGAACUGCCCAUAGGUUUCUGUAGGGCAGGUAUGGGGAACCUGUGCCCCCCCCCAGCUCUCAGCAUCUUUGUCCAUUGCCCAUGCAGGCUGAGGCCGAUGGGAGUUGCCUGGAUUCCACUUUAUUACUGUUUAGGCAUCAAGUUAAGACAUCCCCCCCCCAAGCAUUUUAAUGGUUUUCAUUGAAUAGAAGCUGGAAGCUUCUGAUUGCUGCUUCCCUAGCUGUUUUAUUUUUUGGGUUGCGCUGAUUAUGUUGUUUGUUUUAUUGGUCUUAACUGGCUUGUUUUAUUGCUUUGUUUAAAAUUACAUUGAAAACUAUGCUGGGAUAAAAUGUUACCUAGGGUGGUAUACGGAUGUGUUAAAUGCUUAUCGUAAGUCGUAAGUAGCAGUUUACAGGUACCGUACCGUACAACGGAAUGAACUGUAACAGGGAUAACCCACAUCAUUUGACGAGAGAUAAUCAAAUGUGACAAUAUUUGACAGUGAUUCUUAGAUACUGUGUUUACAGUAGGUCCUUCCAGUAGGAUAUAAUUGUUGCUUUACAAAUUGCACCAAGAGUUGUAUCCAAAAUUUUUUAGUCCAAGCAGACCUAGUGAAAUAAAUGAACACAAGUGAUUUGGGUUUGUUAAUUUCUAUGGGCCUACUAUUAACUAAAACUUAAUUGGAUACACUUUUUUUAAAAAACACCACAAGAUACAAGAUACGAUACAAUAAUCUUUAUUGUCAUUGUCCCAUACAGAACAACGAAAUUUAAAAAGAAUAUAUACAUAAAACAUUCAAAACCAACAAGCCUGCUAUCCCAGCCUGGUUAGCCCCCUAAAAUCUCUGAUAUCCCAUUUUUAAAAUACAAUAUACUCCUACAUAGACUCCUUACACUGCGUUUAAAACCAAAAUUUGGAUAGAAACUGUUUCUCAGGCGGCUAGUCCUAGUCUUUAUAACCCUGUACCUUCUUCCAGAAGGCAGAAGCUGAAAGAGAUCAUUUCCGGGGUGUGCACUAUCCUGCACUAUCUUUGCAGCUUUCUUAUAGCACCGAAGUAAUAUAAACUUGGGUGCAUAGUUUUUUUGUUUUUUUAUUUUUAUUUUUACAUUUCUUACCCCACCUUUUCUCCCAAGUCGCUCAAGGCGGCAUACACAAUUAUCACGGUUCCCGUUCUUUCUCUUGACAACCCUAUGAGGAAGACUAGGCUGAGAGAUAGUGACCGUCCCGAGGUCAUCCCUCGGACUUGAUGGACAAGUGGUGACUCGAACCCUGGUCUCCCAAGAUCGCACCUGACGCUCUAACCAACACAGCGCACCGACUCUUUUAUCUACAGCAAACCACUUAACUACUUACAGGAGCGUUGAUGUCAAGUUAGCACUUAACCAUUUAUUGUCUGUGUACCUCCUUUUCUCUUCAGGUCCAGCAGCAGCAGCAGCAGCAACAGCAGCAGCAGCAGACCUCGAAUAAGCGACCCAGCAACAGCACCCCCCCACCAACCCAGCUGAAUAAGAUCAAGUAUUCAGGGGGACCCCAGAUUGUAAAGAAGGAGCGGCGGCAGAGCUCCUCCCGCUUCAACUUAAGCAAAAACCGGGAACUCCAGAAGCUCCCUGCCCUUAAAGGUGAGAAGGAGUGGUAAAGGUAAAGGUAAAGGGACCCCUGACCAUUAGGUCCGGUCGCGGACGACUCUGGGGUUGCGGCGCUCAUCUGGCUUUACUGGCCGAGGGAGCCGGCGUACAGCUUCCAGGUCAUGUGGCCAGUAUGACUAAGUGAAGCAGAGCAGUGAAAUGCUGUUUACCUUCCCACUGGAGUGGUACCUAUUUAUCUACUUGAACUUUGAUGUGCUUUCGAACUGCUAGGUUGGCAGGAGCAGGGACCGAGCAACGGGAGCUCACCCCGUCGCGGGGAUUCGAACCCACAGCGCCACCCAUGUCCCUAGAAGGAGUUGAGUCGCCUUGAAAUCACCGAGUUGGAAGGGACCUCAGGAAAUCAUCUGGUCCAGCGUUUUUUUAACCUUGCGUCCCCAUAUGUUGUUGGCUAAGCUGGCUGCAGAAGAGGGAGCUGUAGCCCAAUGGCAUCUUACUUACCUGGCAGGGGAGACACCUUGAUCAUGAAGGAGGUUUUCCUAGGGUGAGGCUCAUCCAUUGCACUAGCCACCCAGAGUGGCUGGGGAAACCCAGUCAGACGGGCGCGGUAUAAAUUAUUGUUAUUUGUUAUUUUAAGGGCCCAAGGUUGAAGAACUCUGAUCUAGUCCCAGGAAUCCUGCUAUAGCGCCCCUGUCAGGAAUGGGCCACCCAGUCUCUGGCUAAGAACCUCCAGCAGAGGAGAGUCCAGGUUGUAAGCAACAGUGCAUUACUCAGCAAGUGUUCUUGCCCAUAAUUACACCAAUGUACCUACAAGGACUUAGUUAUAUUUUUGGCAGAGGCUGAUAAGUAAGUGCUGGUAAACUGGUCUAGGAGUAACAUUAUCCUGGUGGAAGAUGAACAAUUGGCCCUUAUCUUUAGCUGAAAAGGUAACAGGAAGAUUGAAGAUUAUGGGAGGUUAAAAAAGGAAAAGGAAAAAAAGGAUGGCUUUGACACAGUUUGGUUUGAAUCCACAACAGACCUAAAAAAAGGUAAAGGUAAAGGACCCCUGACAGUUAAUUCCAGUCUCAAACGACUCUGGGGUUGCGGUGCUCAUCUUGCUUUACUGGCCGAGGAAGCUAAUGUUUGUCCGCAGACAGUUUUUCCGGGUCAUGUGGCCAGCAUGAUUAAGCAACUUCUGGUGAAACCAGAGCAGCGCACGGAAACACCGUUUACCUUCCCGCCGGAGCAGUAGUAUCUACUUGCACUUUGAUGUGCUUUCGAACUGCUAGGUUGGCAGGAGCUGGGACCGAGCAAUGGGAACUUACCCCGUCGCGGGGAUUCGAACCACCGACCUUGCGAUCGGCAAGCCCUAGGCUCAGUAGUUUAGACCACAGCGCCACCCGUGUCGCUAACAGACCUAGUCAUACUUUAAUUCCUCCAUCAACCCAUGGUGUCCUACAGAGACACUCUUUUAAGUUAGGCUACCAUAUUUCACAGUGAACAUGCUUACAAGAGCAGUAGUGUGAUUCUGUUGCUGCUUGGCAUCCAUAUGGGCAGAAAGCCAUUCAGUAGAAAUACUUACCCAAAGAAGGGAGUCCACCACGUUCCGAGACUUUCAGAACAGCCCGUACCCUUUCUGCUGUUAAUCAAAAUCACCUAAUGCCUACCAGGCAGCGGCUAGUUAGCCUGCGUGACACCCAGGAAGGUUUCUAUAGGUAGAAACAGGACUGAUUCAGCUGUGAGUCAUGCUGGUUUAAGCAGCUGCAGUGCUGAAAGGAAAGCAACUCCUGAGUCUGGGGAAGGCAUCACGCUGCAUGACAAUGCUAAGGAACACCACCGCAGUUAUUCUCCCUUCAGGUGAGGGGAAGAGCCAGGAGAUUCUGCCAUCACGUUGCCCAGCUCUCGUACUUGGAAUCAAGUCAUGGAAAGGAAGUAGCUUUGCAUAUUGAGAAGUCAGAAAGUGGAGGGCGUGAAGGACACGGAUACUGGAUAUUGGCAAACCUGGGUGUAUCUGGCAUAUUUAUGUUGCCUUCACACAGUGUUGGAAACCCAGGUAUAUAAUCUACCGUAUUUUUCGCUCUAUAAGACGCACCAGACCACAAGACGCACCUAGUUUUUGGAGGAGGAAAACAAGAAAAAAAAUAUUCUGAAUCUCAGAAGCCAGAACAGCAAGAGGGAUCGCUGCACAGUGAAAGCAGCAAUCCCUCUUGCUGUUCUGGCUUCUGGGAUAGCUGCGCAGCCUGCAUUCGCUCCAUAAUACGCACACACAUUUCCCCUUACUUUUUAGGAGGGAAAAAGUGAGUCUUAUAGAGCAAAAAAUACGGUAAUUGCCAAAUGGCACCUUAAACCCAGGUUAUGGUUGCUACAAUGGAAUGUCUGGGUUCCAUUUUCCCCGGUGAAGUUGAUGAUGAUGAUUAUUCGUUUCAUACCUAUACUGCUUUAUAUUUUAAAGCAGCUUGCAACACAUUAAAACAUCAAAUAAAUCAAUGCAGAAUAAAACAAAUCCAAGCUUUAAGGAAAUCUGAAGUAAUCCAUUUAUGGAAGGUGGCUUUCCCCAAAGCAUCAUAAUUUGACAUCUUCCAGCGUGAAUUGGGCAGGUUUAAUUUAGCAUUGCCUCUCUACUGUCCUUCUUGCUUCAGACACUUUGGGGUGCUUUUUUUUUGCCUCUCCACACUGUGCAGAUCUCUCUCACUACAUUCCAGGACAUUGCGCUACAUUACAAAUGGUGUGUCAUGGGAUUGCACUUCAUGGAAGGAUCACAAGUUCGUGUACCCAAAAUAUUUAGAGGAAUUAAAAGACCUGAAUUAGAUACUCUGCUGCAUCUCAAAUGUAAUAAAAGAAAGCUUUGAUUCCUUGGUUAAGUGCAGGAAUAGGCUCUGGAGGAAGGAAUUGAAGGAUAUGGAAGGAGGGAAGACUGCUCAAGGCGCAGGGAGUGGAAUGGCAAAGACGGCCCCUUGGCUGGUUGCUGUUGAAAACAGUAUUUUAGAUUACGGUAGAUAAAUCUUUGGUCUGAUCCAACAGAACACUUCUUAUGUUAGUGGAAAAAAUGUGUGUGUGUGUGUGUGUGUGUGUGUGUGUGUAGAAAUAUCCAAAGUACGUCAUGUAUGUUACCUCUGUAGUUGUUACAACAGCCUUGCGAGGUAGGUCAUUGUCAUCGUAAUACCAUAUUACAGGAUUGGGAGAGGCUGGGGUUGAGAGAGAGAUAGAGAGAGAGAGCAGGUUGCUUGAGGUCCGCCAGUGGUUCAUAGCAAAGGUGCAUUGAAAACUUGGAGCUGCUGCUCAUUAUUUUACUUACUCCAGUCUCUCUCAGUGAGCAUGCGCAGAGCAGAAGGACCAUAAAGAGAGGCAAGAGAAAAGAGGCAAGAGAAAGGAUAGCAAUCCAUCCCAUUUUGAUGUCAGGUGCUCCAAGUGCUUCUUCACACACAGCACGGUGUGGAAGCCGCUCCUGCAGAAUUAGACAAAUUAAUGGAGGGUAAGGCUAUCAGCGGGGACGCGGGUGGCGCUGUGGGUUAAACCACAUAGCCUAGGGUUUGCCGAUCAGAAGGUCGGCGGUUUGAAUCCCCGUGACGGGGUGAGCUCCCGUUGCUUGGUAUCGCUCCGGCGGGAAGGUAAACGGCGUUUCCAUGCACUGCUUUGGUUCGCCAGAAGCGGCUCAGUCAUGCUGGCCACAUGACCCGGAAGCUGUACACCAGCUCCCUCGGCCAAUAAAGCGAGAUGAGCGCCGCAACCCCAGAGUCGUCCACGACAGGACCUAGUGGUCAGGGGUCCCUUUACCCUUUACCUUUAAGGCUAUCGGCGACUACUAGCCACAAUGACUAUUGUUCCAUCUCCACUGUUGAAGCCAGUGUGCCUCAGAAUGCCAGUUUCUAGCAGUCACCAAUGAGGGCACUGCUUUUGCACUCAGGUCCCGCUUGUGGGUUUCAUGUGAGCAUCCGAUUGGCUACCGUGAGAAUAGGAUGCUGGAGUAGGCGGGCCUUUUGCCAGCUGCCAGGCCCUUCCUUGGUCCUUAGGCUCAACUGAUGAGCUGCAGUGGAAAAAGAGGACUCUCCUUUUUUGCCUUCUCUCUCUGUUUCCUCAGAUGCACCUCCUCACGAACGGGAAGAGCUCUUUAUACAGAAGCUGCGGCAAUGCUGCGUCCUCUUCGACUUUGUCUCUGACCCGCUCAGUGACUUGAAGUUCAAAGAGGUGAAGCGAGCGGGCCUCAACGAGAUGGUGGAAUACAUCACACACAACCGGGAUGUUGUCACAGAGGCCAUUUACCCCGAAGCUGUUAUCAUGGUAAGGGCCGAGCUUAUGGCUGGGUUGUGCUUCGGGCGGUGACAUCACUUAAACACUCCAAAGUCAAGAAAGGCGUGUUCUGUACUUCCAGGCUGAAAAGGGUUAAUAGUGUGAGAGGUUGUGGGUACCAAAAUGUGCAUGGGAUGCAGAGUGGGAUUCUGUACAAAGCUCGUCAUUUCGAUAGGUGUUAUACAAAAUGUGUUGGGUGCGUGGCCCUUCUGAUAAAGCGGCACUGCGUUAAACUUGUGAUCAUCAUCUGAGGUCCUCCUUCUUUGUGUGCCUGCUCCAUCAGAGGCCCUGAAGAUGGCAACAUACGAACAGGCCUUUUCUGUUGUGGCUCCCUGUUUGUGGAAUGUUCUCCCCAGGGAGGCUCGCCUGGUGCCUUCACUACAUAUCUUUAGGCACCCGGCGAAAACAUUUCUCUUCUCCCAGACCUUUGGCUAAUUAAACAAUCUUUGGACCGUUUGAACUUUAUGGGUGGUAUUGUUUUGUUUGUUAACUAUGUUAUAUAUACAGUGGUAACCUCGGGUUACAAACGCUUCAGGUUACAUACGCUUCAGGUUACAGACUCCACUAACCCAGAAAUAUUUCCUCGGGUUAAGAACUUUGCUUCAGGAUGAGAACAGAAAUCGUGCAGCGCAGCAGCAGCGCAGCAACAGCAGGAGGCCCCAUUAGCUAAAGUGGUGCUUCAGGUUAAGAACAGUUUCAGGUUAAGAACAGACGUCCAGAACGAAUUAAGUUCUUAACCCGAGGUACCACUGUAGUUGUGUUUUUUAAUAUUGUAAAUACAUUAAGAAACAAUAACGGCAAUAACUUCUCAACUUCCUUAUCGCAUCUUCAGUUUUCAGUAAAUCUCUUCCGUACGCUUCCCCCGUCAUCCAAUCCUACGGGAGCAGAAUUUGACCCUGAGGAAGAUGAACCUACGCUAGAAGCUGCUUGGCCACACCUCCAGGUAAUACUAUAUAGAAUUUGGCCGCACCCGGACCCUGUAAUCGUCAUCUGAGUCCCUUCCCCUUGUGCUACCCUCCAUGGAAGGUCAGAGCAUGGCAGCACGAGAAACGGCCUUUUCAGUGGUGGCUCCCCUCUUGUGAAAUGUUCUUCCCAGGGAGGCACACCUGGCACCAUCAUAAUUUACAUUGAGGUGCUAGACAAAAUCCUUUCCCCCCUUCUGCCCAGGCCUUUGACUUGUAAUUAUAUGCGGCCUCCAUCGGUGGGUGGGUUUCUUUAGUCCUGUCUUUUAAAAAUGCGAGCGAGUUUUAGAUUUUUCAAUUUUGUUUUUAUGCUUGUUUUAAUGUACCGUAUUUUUCGCUCUAUAACACGCACGAGACCAUAAUACGCACGUAGUUUUUAGAGGAGGAAAACAAGAAAAAAAAUAUUCUAAACAAAAUAGUGGAUAUAUGAUUUUUGUGGUUCAUGCUGUGGCCACAGACAUGUGAUCUGACUGUGAGUUUGGAGUAGCCCAAUGCAAAAAUCCUGAGGAUCCAUGUGGAUCUAUGCUUUGUAACCACGGAGGAGGGAAGGAAGGGGAACCAUGGAUCCUCUGCUCACGACUGCAGCAGAUCCCCCCCGCCACCCGCAGGCAUUCGCUCCAUAACACGCACAGACAUUUCCCCUUACUUUCUAGGAGGAAAAAAGUGAGUGUUAUGGUGCAAAAAAUACGGUAUGUGUCGCUCACGUAUUAUGUGGAUCUGCUUGAGUUCCAUUUGUAAAUAAGGAGAAAAGUGACUAAUAAAUUUAAUAAAUAAUCAUAAUUUAAAUCUUGCUUUUCGUACAUGAUGGAACUCAAGGCUUCUAGCAAAGUUCCUAGUCAGUCUCCUAGGCAGGACAGAUUACAGCCACUCACCUUUGCCCUCAGCACAGUUGCUGCAUCAUAUUCAUUUACACCAUGCCCUACUUGGUCUCUUUCUCGGGUCGAUGGAGAACCAGUGACUUGCUUAUAUGUGAAAUGAGCAGCUACUUGGCAUAAGCUCCUAGGAUCUGAAAGAGGGAGCAGGAGAGAGCAUGCUGAUUUUUUUCCAGACAGAAGUUCCAAGUGGUUUUCCUCCACCAGCCAUCGCUGUUUAAACAUUUUGUGGCUAGGAGGUGGGACCCAUGGAGGUUACUGCCUCUGAGAUGUCCCGGCCGCCUUGGCUUUUGCUAGGGAGAAGGGCUGUAGCUCAGUGCUGGAGCAAUGUUUUGCAUGCAAAAGGUCCCAGGUGGAAUCCACAGCAGCUGCAAAUAAGUCUGUGGAAGACUCUCGCCUGAAACUCUGGAGAGCAGCAGCCAGCUGGUGCUGGGCUCGAUGGACCAAGGUUUAGCAUAAGGCAACUUCUUCUUUUUUUUAAAUAAAUAUUUUUAUUGAACAAAUUUAACAAAUCAAAUUAUAAAUCAAUAUAACCAAUUAAAUCCCCCCCUUCCCCCCCUCCCUCCCUCUCCCACCCUCCAAAGACUUCCCUCAGCUCCCCUCUCUGAUUUGUUUAUACAUAUUAUUUUCUGCAUGUUGUAAAAUUGUACAUAUCAUUGCCUUAUCUAUCAUACGUUCUACUAAUAAAUUUGUGAAUGUUUAUUCAAAACCUGCCAAGGAGUCCAAAUCCUUUUGUUGUUUUUUUUGGAUAGUUUGUAAAAAGUUCCCAUUCUUCCUUGAAGUCACGGUUGUCCUUCUCACAUAGUUUAUUUUGCCAACUCCGCAUAGCUCAUCAAUUUUUCUUGCCAUUGUUUUUUCGUUGGGAUUUUCUCAUUCUUCCAUCCUUGUGCUAACAAGACUCUUGCCAGUGUUGUAGCGUACAUAAAUAAGUUCUUUGCUUUUUCUUGGCAGGUUUUGUCCAAAAUCCCUAACAAAAAUGCUUCUGGUUUUUUUUAAACAAAUGUCAUUUUGAACAUUUUUUUCAAUUCGUUAUAUUUCAUCUCCCAAAUUUUUUUAACUUCUCUACAUUCCCACCACAUAUGAUACAAAGUACCUUCUUUUUCUUUACAUUUCCAACAUGUAUCUGACCUGGUUUUGUACAUUUUUGCCAUUUUUACUGGUGUGAUAUACCAUCUAUACAUCAUUUUCAUAUAAUUUUCUUUCAAAAGAGAACAGUCUGUAAAUUUCAAGUCUACCUUCCACAGCUUUUCCCAGUCCUCAAAUUGUAUAUUAUGUCCUAUAUCUUGUGCCCAUUUAAUCAGAACUGAUUUGACCUCCUCGUUUUUCUUUUCCCAUUCUAACAGAAUACUAUAUGCUUUCUUCAACAACAAGUUGGUGCUGGGCUUGAGGGACCAAGGUUUAGCAUACAGCAACUUCUUAAGCUCCUGUGCAGUAUGUUGAUGAGACUUGAAACAGAAUUAUAGAGUUGGAAGGGACCACGAGGGUCAUUUAGUCCAUCCCCCCCUCCUGCAAUUUUGCCCAACAACAACCCUGAGAUUAAUAAGAGUCUCAUCUUCUACCAACUGAGCUAUCCCACGAGCACAUUUGCUUCCAAAUAAACCUGCAUGGGUCCCACUGCUGGUCCCUUUGUAUUGCUGUGGAAGGGCCUCUCCAACCAGCAUAAUAAUGUAGGUCUUUAAUCACUGAAUUAGGCUCCUGCUGAGAUGAAUUGUCUGCAUUUCUGCAGUCUUCUUUCUCAGAGGUCCGGUGACAUGACUGUUCUCCCGCUGGCAGGGAAAAUAAAGAUAAAAGCUUCCUCUAGAGACAUCAUUUUGGCUCCUCUUUCUUGUGCCAAUCUGCUCUCGCAUCUCUCUGAUAUUACAUACUUCCUUUCUUUUUAUUUAGCUUUCGCAAGGCAGGGAGAAUCUUUCCCCAUUCUGUCCUGUCUCCCAUUCUGUCAUCUCCUUUAUCAUUUAGAAGGACUGUCAAGCUAAAGCCAUUCAACUCUUUAAAAAAAAGAAAAGAAAAGAAAGCAUUCCUCUUUCCAUUCUGGAAAUCAUUUUCAGUUUCUGAUACAAUCUGUUAACUGCCAGGCACGAGGCCACACCCAAACCCAAUGGAUAAUCUGUUUAAUUUUUAUUGUUGUCAGUGGGCUUUAACUGUUCUUCAAAUAGGUUUGACCAUUUUUUGUGGUUUAACUGGCUGGAGGGGCACAACGUCUGCAUCCCUGUAUUUGCAGCAGGUACACAAUACGAAUAACCAGUCUUAUACUUACAAAUAAUCCUUUUCCUGUUUUUUCCUCUCCCCACUCCCUUCUUAGCUGGUUUAUGAAUUCUUUCUGAGGUUCCUGGAGUCCCCAGACUUCCAACCAAACAUAGCCAAGAAAUAUAUUGACCAGAAGUUUGUAUUGUCAGUAAGUAACUGCAGCUUCCUCCUAACUUGGCAUUUAUUUCAAAGGAUUUCUAAACUGCUUAAUAUUUAAAAAUGGCAUGGGGGCCGGUCAGGACAGGAUAGAGAAGAGGUGGGGCCGACAGGUGACCUUGGGGAGGGAGCCAGUUGGCUGGGCAAUCUCUCCCCAGGUUGAGGGAAUCUAUACUAGAAGCAAAACAGUGUAAUAAAAACAGAAAAUUGGUAAUGGCAGGAUCCAGUCUCAUGGGUCAGGGGGGGAAAUGGAACAAAGAGAUAUGGUUGGUACCCAGUUCACUUGUUCCGUUACCACAAGGAUUUAUGCACACACAGACACAUGCACAUACACACCUUGUGCCCUCCCCCAGAAAUCUGCUCUGCAGGGUUGGGGGAGGAGAUAGUCCUUGCACUAUUGGAACACUGACUUCAAUUCUAUGUUGAUUUCCACUCUCAGUCCGCCAUCUUUAUUCAAAAUGGCAUCCAAUUGCAUCCAAGUGUAAACAAAAAUACCCUGCUGCCUGAUUUCAUCAACCAUCGCAUCAAAUUUGGUUGUGAUACCUUUGGAGGUGUCUAAAUGCAUAGCGAACAAAUACUUGAUUGUGGGAUAUAUAUCCACACCCACCCACCCACCACACCCACCCACCCACAAAAUGUUAUAUUAUGUGAUCACCUUUUGCUAUAUUACUUAUGUAUUAACAGAUGCUCUUCUCCAUAUUCCACCAUUUCACGUGAUACCGUAUAUGACAAUACAGGAGAGAACCUUCUCUGUAGUGGUGUCUCUGUCUAAGUCAUACUUGGGGUAGACCUAUUGAAAUGAAGAAGCGUGACUUAAUGCCCAUUUGUUUCAGCGGAGUUAUUCUCUGAGUAUGAGUUUAAUCUCCUUGAGUCUUAGGGGCAGAGAAUCAUUCCGGCUUCACGGGUCGGAUCCUUAUCAGGACCUGCCACAUCUGCAAAAUUUGAUAGUUUGGGGCGGAGCAAUCAGCUGGCAUCACAAAUGACAUUAGGGCAUUUAGUGCUUUGAAAUCCCAAAGUCAAGACUUCAAAGCACUAGCAGGCAGCAAAAGAAGCCCCCCCCUCCUUUUUUUGUUCCAGCAGCUAUUUCACUGCAAACAGUUGCUGAAAUGAAGGGAAAAGCAUGGACAAAGCACCAGUGCCCCUCCUUUGCACCAGCAGAAGGUGGGGUGGGGAGAAUCUGUUAGUGCUGGAUUCGAGUGCCCAAGAGAGUAAUUAAAUCCUCCAUCCACAGCUGCUGGACCUGUUUGACAGUGAAGAUCCCAGAGAGCGGGACUUUCUGAAGACUAUUUUGCAUAGGAUUUAUGGGAAAUUCUUGGGCCUCCGAGCGUAUAUAAGGCGGCAGAUCAACAACAUAUUUUACAGGUAAAUACUGGAUACCGGCAAUAUUUAAUCUAUUGUGAAUGUUUGUGUGUGUGGAGGAUUGAAUCCUAAUUUGAGCGGUUGCACUGCAUUUCCUUGGAGUUUCAUGUAGUCCUCUUACCUCCAACAAUGAUUAGAUAAAUAGAUGGAAGACCUACGAGUGACUGAGAACAGGAACAGGGAACCUGCAAACCUCCAGAUGUUGUCGGAUGACCCCUCCCAGCAUCCUCAGUCAUUGGCCGUGCUGGCUGGGGAGUUUCUGAUUCACAAGGCUGCAGGGAAGAUUAGGUGUUAUGGUACCUGAUGGCAGGAUCAGGGCAAGCAUCUCAGGGCCCAUUGCAAGCCUCUCCUUCCCUAUUGCUCCUAUUUGCCGCACCCUGUCUGCGCCAUGCUUUCCCCCAGUCAUUGGAAUUCCUUGUCCAGAAACAUCCAGACCUAUUUGCCUUCCCCACUUUGGAAAGCAGAACACAGCGACUAAAUCUAUGCAGAUGUGCUGCUUAUGGCUACAGAUUUCCUGCUCCCCUCCAGGGACAGAAUGUGGAGCAUUUUUAUUUUGGAGGUGGAGAGCACAAGCCUCUGUUCCCGUGAAGCCAGCCUGUGUUUUCUACUUGACACUUGCUUCUCUCUACUCAGGUUUAUCUAUGAGACAGAACACCAUAAUGGAAUUGCAGAACUGCUAGAGAUUUUAGGGAGGUAAGAGGUACACCUUUCUCUUUAUUAUUCCCUCCCUGUUCUGUAGGGGGCUCCUUGGCAGGAACAAUAAUAAUAUUUUUAUUAUUUAUAUGCCGCUCAUCUGAUAGGGUUAACCAGCCACUCUGGGCAGCUCCCAACAAAAUAUCAAAAACACAAGAAAACAUCAGCCAUUAAAAACUUCCCUAUGCAGGGCUGCCUUCGGAAGUUUUCUAAAAAGUCAUAUGGUUAAUUAUCUCCUUGACAUCUAAUGGGAGGGUGUUCCACAGGGUGGAAGGGACGCGGGUGGUGCUGUGGUCUAAACUACUGAACCUCUUGGGCAUGCCGAUGGGAAGGUUGGCGGUUCGAAUCCCCGCAACGGGGUGAGCUCCCGUUGCUCUGUCCCAGCUCCUCCCAACCUAGCAGUUCGAAAGCACGCCAGUGCAAGUACCGUAUUUUUCGCUCUAUAGGACUCACCUUGUUUUAGAGGGGGAGAACAAGGGAAAAAAAUUCUCUCGCUCUCUGCUCAGCACCCCUUCAGCGAAGCGGCAGGAGAAACGGAGCCCCUUCCAUUUCUCCUCCCGCUUCGCUGAAGGGGCGCUGGGCAGCUCUCCCUCUCUGCUGAAGCCAGGAGUCUUGCUCUCCUGGCUUCAGCAAAAGGAACCCAAAGCCUUCGGAGCGCAGCGCGAGUUCCCGCUGUGCACCGACCCCUCUCGGUCUCCAGGCUUCAGCAAAAGCAACGCGAAGCCUCUGGAGCGCGGAGGGAGCGCUCCCUCUGCGCUUCGGAGGCUUCACGUUGCUAUCGCUGAAGCCAAGGAGCCUGCAUUUGUUCCAUAGGACGCACACACAUUUCCCCUUCAUUUUUGGAGGGGAAAAAGUGCGUCCUAUAGAGUGAAAAAUACGGUAGAUAAAUAGGUACCGCUGUGGCAGGAAGGUAAACAGCAUUUCCAUGCGCUCUGGCUUCUGUCACAGUGUUCCGUUGUGCCAGAAGCAGUUUAGGCACUCUGGUCACAUGACCCGGAAAGCUGUCUGUGGACAAAUGCCAGCUCCCUUGGCCUGAAAAGCGAGAUGAGCACUGCAACCCCAUAGUCGCCUUUGACUGGACUUAAUCCUCCAGGGGUUUUUUACCUUUUACCACAGGGCGGGUGCCACUACUGAGGAGGCCCUCUGCCUGGUUCCCUAUAACUUCACUUCUCGCAGUAGGGGAACUGCCAGAAGGCCCUCGGAGGUGGACCUCAGUGUCUGGGCUGGAUGGUGUGGGUAGAGACACUCCUUCAGGUAUACAGGGCCGAGACUGUUUAGGGCUUUAAAGGUCAGCACCAGCACUUUGAAUUGUGCUCGGAAGUGUGCUAGAAGCCAAUAUGAAUCCUUUUGGACAGGUGUUAUAUGGUCCCGGCAGCCGCUCCCAGUCACCAGUCUAGCUGCUGCAUUCUGAAUUAGCUGUAGUUUCCAAGUCACCUUCAAAGGUAGCCCCACGUAGAGAAUGUUGCAAUAGUCCAAGUGGGAGAUAACCAGGACAUGUACCACUCUGGUGAGACAAUGCACAGCAGGUAGCGUCUCAGUUGGCAUACCAGAUGGGGCUGGUAGAAAGCCACCUUGGACACAGAAUUAACCUGUGCUUCUAUAGUCAGCUGUCAGUCCAAAAUGACCCGCAGGCUGCUCACCUGGUCUUUUAGCGGCACAGUUACCCUAUUCAGGACCAGGGAGUCCCCCACAGCUGCCUGUCCCCCAGAGACAGUACUUCUGUCUUACCAGGAUUUAGCCUCAAUAGGUGAUUGCAAGCUAGGGCGUCAAGUGAAAUUUACACACACACGCACACACAUUUCUGCUUAAGAGUCUUUCAAGAAAGCAUGAUAUGAACCCUGCAGCUGAGUCCCUGGGAGCAUUGCAGAUGUUUCCUGCAGGAUAUCCUGACGCUGAGGCACAGCAGCAAGGCGGGGAGGCUGGGAACUGCUCUGUGCACAUACAAACAUGCACAGACAGUGCAAGUCUUGGAUGUUUACUAUUCUCUCCCUUCUCCUCAGUAUAAUCAAUGGAUUUGCUUUGCCCCUGAAGGAAGAGCACAAGAUGUUCCUCAUCCGGGUCUUGCUGCCGUUGCACAAAGUGAAAUCUCUGAGUGUCUACCACCCCCAGGUAAGAAGCACAUUUAGUCAACGUAUGUUGUGCUCACCCUAAAAUGACAGGCAGGUUUAAGACCCUAAGAGGUGCCCUGCUGGAUGAUGUCAAAGGCCCAUCUAGUCCAGCGUCCUACUCAGUAGCAGCACUCUCUCUACUUGGGUUCCCCAGCAGCUGGUAUUGAGAGAUUUUCUGUCUCUGAUCCUUGGGCUGGCAUACAGACAUAUCAAUCAUAGUGAUAAACCUGUCAAUAUAUAUAUUUUAAAAUACAAUCGUAUCCGGCCUUUCUUCCAUCACGGAACCCACAGCGGCACGUACUUGUGGUCUUCCAUACAGUUAGUGACCAAACACGGGUCUGCUUAGCUUCUGCAAGGUGGCGGACAAGUAUGAAUUUUAUUAUUUCGGUCAUAUACCAGUUCCAGCCCAUGUACAAUAUCAAGGAAGUCAUAAAACACGAUAGGGAUACAUUUGAAUUUGCAAUUAGGUAUAACAGGGACAAUACAGAUAUAGCAACAGUUAAAAAAUAUAUAAAUUAAAACUUAGUCACUAACAUAUAACCUAAAAUUAUCAUUUAAGGCCUUAAUCAUUAUGAUAGCACAGCUUGUUCCCUAAGUUUUAUAGCAAUUGCACAGAAUUUGGCUACCCUUAAGGUGAUCUCAGGAUCCUUGUCCUCUACCAGGGAUUUUAGACAUUGAAGUUCGGAUUCAUUUCGAGAUUUUUGCAUAGCAGGGGUAAUAAAUAUCGAGCGUAUAUCCCCGUAGAAACGGCAGUGUAACAAGGCAUGAGAGACAGUUUCUACCUCCAUCAAGCCGCAGAGGCAGACUCGUUUCGCGGGUGGCGGACAAGAGGCAUGGAACCUCUUGCCUGCAGGCCCUUCCCCACCCCCCAAUCACGCUCAUCUGUCCCAUGCACCUGACAUCAGGUGUGGGGCAGGUGAGGACACAGCUACAGAGGAAUAAUCGGGAGCUUAAAGUGAGCUCCUGAUCGUUCCUUUGCAUGUCGGGGCUCCCUGAGAGCGAGGCCUCUGAAGCGCUGCUUCCGUUCCAAAUUUCAUCUCUGCAUACUGAUACCAAAGGGGGCUCAUUGUCAAUGGUCUUCCAAGGUGGCUGACCCCCUUUCAGCUGGCAGGGUGGGGUUUAGGGGGUCUGGCUGGAUCCUGUUCCCCAUUCCUGCCCCAAACCAUACUCUGGGACUCUAAUCCCCUUCUAAAGCUGUUCAAGGCGCCUAUUUUCAGUUGAUGUACAAACAUGGAAGUGGUGCGAUCGGACGACUUUCUCUUGGCACGGAAAUAAAUCUCACCGAUUCUAGGGAACUGAACCCUCGUGUAAUUGUGCUCAGGCUUGCAGCAUUGGAUUUGUGGGCUUGGAUGCAGCUGACUUGCAUCUGCGCCAUCUCAUUGGAAGGCUGGUUAUAAAUACUUUCAGAUACCACACAAGUUCUGCCUGCCUCUGCCGUUUCCAUAGUGCCUGGAGUUCUGACUGUACUGUGCUCUUCCUUGCAGUUGGCAUACUGUGUGGUGCAGUUCUUGGAGAAAGACAGCAGCCUGACCGAACCGGUAAGUGCUCCCUCUGGGUGGGGCUGCCUUGGAAGAGUAUUUGGAAACUUCGUAUGGAAACCUCCCACUACUGCUGCUGCUACUGCUGUUAGGCCCUGUCUGCACUGUAUAAAGCAGUACCAUACCACCUUAAGCAGUCAUGACUUCUUCCCCCAAAGAAUCCUGGGAACUAUAGUUCAUUAAGGGUGCUGAGAGAUGUUAGGAGACAGUAAUCUCUGGAGGGGAAAAAGGCUUCUGAGACUGGGUGGAUUUAAAAGGUAAAGGGACCCCAGACCUUUAGGUCCAGUCGUGACCGACUCUGGGGUUGCGGCGCUCAUCUCGCUUUAUUGGCCGAGGGAGCCGGCGUACAGCUUCCGGGUCAUGUGGCCAGCAUGACUAAGCUGCUUCUGGUGAACCAGAGCAGCGCAUGGAAAAGCCGUUUACCUUUCCGCUGGAGCGGUACCUAUUUAUCUACUUGCACUUUUUUUGGGCGUGCUUUCGAACUGCUAGGUUGGCAGGAGCCCAGGGACCAAGCAGGAGCCCAGGGUUGGCAGGAGCCCAGGGACCGAGCUCACCCCGUCACGGGGAUUCGAACCACCAACCUUCUGAUUGGCAAGCCCUAGGCUCAAAAAAGCGAUUCAGUUAAAUGCGUUGUAAAUGUCAUACAGGGAAAUCCUGUUGGUGAAAGGCGGGACAACACAGCGCCAUCUGGUGUCACAGCAUUGUAAUGCAUAUAGGGCACUCUGUCUUUACAAUUAAGAGUGCUGAGAGUUCUUAGGUGACCCCUAUUCCCCCCACAGCACUACAAUUCCCAGAAUUCCCUGCCAAGAGGGAUUGAUUGUUAAACUACUCCUGGGAUUGUAGCUCCAUAAGGGGAAUAGGGGUCAGCCUAUGAGCUCUCAGCACCUGUAACCAAAUGACACUUUCAAAGAUUCUUUAGGGGGAAACCAUGACUAAUGACAUACGACAACGCUUUAAAUGCAUGGUGCACAUGCGGCCUUCGGAGAUUUCUGUAUACUAAUGGCGGACUCAUUCUCUGAGUGCCUUUCCUUACCUAGCCAAAAGGAGACCACGCUUUCACAAAAGAGAAUUGUCAGCAGGCUUGGGGAAAACCCAGCGUUUGCUUGAGCACAGACUUUAAUGGGAGAGGGAAAAUAAAGGGGGGGAGAGGAGGUAGGUGUGAUGGAAUGGAGUAGCCUAGAGAAGGCAGACCUUGCUGGCUGGCACUUUGAACGGCAGCACUCUUCAUUAUAUUGCAGAUCUUGCUGGUGCCCUUGACGCUGCUCACUCUUUGUGGCUGGGGUGUUGUUUGGGUUUUUUCGUUCGUUUGUUUUUUUGCUUGUGGCAGGGGGUUAUUUGCUACUGGUCUUCUGUAUCUUCAUUUUAGAUCCUUGUGAUUUGCGUGGAAAUCGUUCAAUUGUACAUCUUUUAAUAUUUUAUUUACUGUUUAUGACUACUUUUUUAAUGCGUUUUUUGCAUGUUGUAAGCUGCCUUGAGUGUGGUUUAAACUGGAAAGCUGGCAUAUAAGUAAGAUUAUGCAUAUAUGUAUGCAGUUAGUUUCUAAGCCCAUUUCAAAGUGUGGGUGAUGGAUCUUAUUUAAACCAUAAAUGGGCUCAGGGUACAAUAUCUGAGGAGGCAUUCUUUUGUUCUGGAGGGUUGCAAAUACUGUUUAGUGACCCCGAUUUGAUUUUUUAAAAUUUUGUUUUUGAUUAUUUUUUUGAGAGUGCUGGGUGAUUUGUUUAUUUUUUUUGUAAUAGUGAUUCACUUCUUUCACGUUACUGGUUUUUAUUGUGUUGUUUGUAUGGUUGUAAAUACUCUGAGGGCUGUUCGUGUGGCAGAAAAGAAAGUCCAGUGUGUACAUUCUGUAAAUAAGGAGUUAAGUUGGUUUUUGAAAGUUCAAACCGCUUCUGCACUGUUGACCUAUUGUACUGUGGAGUUUAUGACGGUGGCAAAACAAUGCAAGCUUAUCUCACCAUCAACACGAAUGGCUUAAAAGUAGUUUGCCCUGUGAACAUAAAAAGCAUAGGAAACUUGACUUACACUGAACAGAGGUGUAAUGGUGUGGUGUCAAUGGGAGUUGGAGACAUGUUACUAUUUCUACAGCGGCCAUCCCUAACACCAGCAUCCUAGAGCCAUCAAUCAGCAUGAAAGGGGAGCUUUUUAGCCACUAAGAAGAAGCCCUUUCACCCUUUUUUUGCUUAUGGGAGCCAAUCAGAGUGAAGAGAGGAGAGUCAGCCCCUGAAUAUUGACUCCUAGGGUCACUCUGGAGAAGCGCAUUGGGAAGAAUGCCGAAGAAGAUCUUGUUCUGUGUGCUCCAAAAGCUAAGCAUUUAGGAACACUGAAAACACAAGGCGCUUCUGUUUCGAAAGAAUGGUGUGCAAGUUCUGCAAAGUACAAUAGAACUUUGAGGAAAACACAGCUAAAGUCACUCCGAAAGAAGGGCACAUUUUCUAGCUGAAAAGCAGCACAUGGAGAUCUGCAUUGAUUGUUGCAGUGCUAAGUAUUACUAUUGUAUAGUUAUACCAUAUAAGGCUGCAUAAACUUAGAUGAGUAGGUGGCUGUGACUCUCGUGUAGGGACCCUUCAGUAAAAUGUUUGGGGCUAAGUCAUUCCUCAUACAGUGGUACCUCGGGUUACAUACGCUUCAGGUUACAGACUCCACUAACCUAGAAAUAGUGCUUCAGGUUAAGAACUUUGCUUCAGGAUGAGAACAGAAAUUGUGCUCCGGCGGCGCGGCAGCAGCAGGAGGCCCCAUUAGCUAAAGUGGUGCUUCAGGUUAAGAACAGUUUCAGGUUAAGUAUGGACCUCCGGAACGAAUUAAGUACUUAACCCGAGGUACCACUGUACUUCUCAUUUGAAUUGUGAAAGAUCCAAUGCGCUCCCAUUAGAAUUACUGCUGGUUAUGAUAUGUGGACACAAAUCAGGAAAGCUAGAAUAGGCAAGCUACUCUUUGGCUGGUCUUUUUGCCAUGCCUGGCAAUUCACUUUCCAGAAGCCCUUUGGAUCCUUGUGACUUAGGACACACUGCCGUCCUUCCUGAAACUGCAUUGUUGCCUUCUUUGAUCUGUGGUUUGAACUUUGAUUGCACUGACGCCCUGGAAAAAAUCAGGCUGGGCCGCUGCAAAGUAUUCUUGGCACGUUCUUUGAAAGCGUAGAAGCUUAGGUGAAAAGAUACUUCAGUUAGCGCUGCUGACAAGUGUAAUGAGUGCAGCAGAUUGUCUGUAGAUUACUUGAUUUGUCUGUUGUUCCAGGUUCUAUGAAAUUGGUGUUAAGUCAUGAGUAGAGCGACUGAAAUUGGGUUAGGGGAGGAGCACGUUUGCAUAACACAGACCUUGUUUAAAGUUGCAGUGAUAAAUAUGUGACUGACUUCGCAUUAUUACGUUUGCUUCACACACUAUUCUGCAGCAAUAUUAAUUUCUGGGCCAGAUUAAAAAUUAAGGCAGAUCUUUCUUCCAAGCAGUCAAGAGGAUGACUGCAAGAUAAGCAUUCAUAGACAAGCACUGAGGGUGUAAACCAGCUGCAGAGUGUUUAGGUAAACAACCACUUCCCUUUUAACUGAUUUAUUAUUUAAUCAAUUUAUGAAACCUAUAGGUUUCUAAAACCUUAAUACAAGCUGCAUUUUUUGAGACACUUUUAAGAAAAGCAUGCAAACCUCCAGUGCAAUAAGCAAAAGCUACCAGAAGAGAAGGUCAUAUGGAAUGUUUGCCAUUUCCGGUGACAGACACACACCAGAAGCAAAGCAUUAUUUAAACAAAACAACGUAUGUCCCAAGUUCUUACUGGUUAGAUUAAUCUUACUAGGAUUUCUGGUUAAAUUUCACUCCUCGAUUAAAAAUAGCCUUUUCAUUUAUAAACAACUAAAACCAUAGUUGAUUCAUGAAACUAAUUGAAGCUUACAGGGCUGAACAGCACAGAAGCAGCUAGAGAUUUCUAGCUUUGCAUUGAAACCAGCAUACCUCCUUAUGAAGUGCUCCCCUUGUUGUAGAUUCCUCUUGGAAUGCAGUGUAAGAUGCAGGAUAUGAUCAGAUGCAACACUAAACAAUGGUUUGGAGUUAUACAGAUAGGCAGAUAACAAACUUGUGCCCUCCUCUCUCUUCCCCUUCUUCACCUUGUGUGUGAUGAUUAAUAACUUUCAACAGAAAUCAAAAAUUUCUCAAAAAUCUGUAUGUGCACUAAUUAUGUCACAUUAAGUAAAUCAACACUAUAUCUUGUGCCUUUUGACUAAUUAUUCACAUUUAAAAAAAACAAGCUUGGAGGGUAGAGGUCCUGGGUAAGUUGCUAUCUUUUGGCCUCAGGAUUUCACUAUUGGCAAUUUUUUCUUCUUCCAGACUUAAAAUUCUUGUUGCUAUCACCAGCAAAUGUUCCUGCUUGUUUCUCUAACGCUCAUAAAAAUCUCGUUUCUUCAUCUGUUCAGGUGAUUAUGGGCUUGCUGAAGUUUUGGCCAAAAACACACAGUCCCAAGGAGGUGAUGUUCCUGAAUGAGCUGGAAGAAAUAUUAGAUGUCAUUGAACCCUCGGAGUUUGUGAAGGUUAUGGAACCCCUGUUCAGGCAACUGGCAAAGUGUGUCUCCAGCCCACACUUCCAGGUAGGUUCGAAACUCAGGGUGCUGGCAACAGCUCUAGUCUCUGUUCAAAUGCAGAGUGAAACGCUGAAAGUCUGAAGCAUGUUGGUGCACAAGAUGAGCAAUUAUCCAGUGAAAGUUUUUAUAGCUAGAGCAAUUGGAAAGUGCACCUUCCAGAACAGGCCACUGUACCCCAGAUGUGGUUUGCACAGCAGAUAAUAGAAUGAAUUUGUUUCUGCUUGUGAUAAGGGCACUAGGUUUCUGUUAAUUCACCUUCAUAUUGCAUUACCUGCUUCCCCCUUUAAAAGGUCUCUCUUGUUUCAGAAGUUAUGUUUUGCUUUAUUUGUACAGGUGGCCGAGAGGGCGUUGUACUAUUGGAACAAUGAAUACAUCAUGAGUUUGAUCAGUGACAAUGCAGCCAAAAUUCUUCCCAUCAUGUUCCCGGCACUCUACAAGAAUUCCAAAAGUCAUUGGAACAAGUAGGUCAUUUCUGUGUGCACUGGGCAUGAGUGGAAGUACAAUUGAGAGAGCUCCGCCUUGCUCUUCCACCACGGCCUAUUGGUGCCGCUCAUGCAAAGUCUGGCAGAGGGAGAAAGAAAAGGGCUCUGAUGACGAUGAUUGCUAGCAAUAUGGAUGGGCGUAUGGAAUAGGUUGCCUCCCCUUGAGUCUGUUCUUUUUAUCAAGAUCAUUUGUAACUGGGAGUUUUAUGUGGUUUGUCCACUUUUGGUCCCCACGCUGCACUCAGCUCUCACCUGUGGCUCCUAGAAGCUGUCAGCAUGCAGUAAUGGCCGUGUUCUGGGAAACUUCUUUGACUGGCCAGCUAAAUCAAGUGAGGGUAGCCAGUGGGUCUCAAAUUUUAGAAUUCCUGCUCCAAGAUUGCAGUCAUGGGAUUGUUGUCUAUCACAUGACGGUGCAUGUUUUGACUCCACAGAGUGGGAAGUGACGGAGACAGGCUGUUUGUGUUACUGUGUUCCGUGCAGUGGGACUCUUGUCCUUUGUUCUUUUUCUCUUUGCUGUCUGAUGCUAGAGAGAGAGGGAGCCAUGUUGCAGUGCUCCGUCUGUGUUUAUAUGUAAAUAAAGUAGAUUAGCCAAAAUGCUGAGUUGCUGAGGUCUGUUACAUGAACUGCAUACACGCUGCGGAUCCCUAAGUGUGCCGGUGUCUGUUGGCAUUGGUCGCUGUGAUGUUCGGGCUGAAGAAAGCUUUUGAAUAUCCCGAACGAAUGAUCAGGAGGGAGAGAACGUGCCAGUCGGUCAGGGUCCUACUCGAGUGUAGGACGAGCUCCUGACACUCAAACCCUUGGUGAGCAUGUGCUGUAAAAGGAAGUGAGAGGCACAUGGGGCCCUUCAACCAGGGAAUGGAGCCCAUCUACAAGAAAUACUCUUGAUCCUAAACCUUCACUGCCUUAAGGGAUAUCUUCAGGAGAAGAAAAGGCCUUAAGGAAUAAACCCUGCACAAAUCUGGAGUCCCUAGGAUGAUUGGAUGGUGCCUUGUACGCCUCCUUCCAGCAACUCCUGAGUGGGGAUUCGAACCCUGGUCUCCCAGGUCCUUGUCCAGUACUCUCACCACUAUGCCACAUUGGCCUCCAUAUACACUGCCCAGGCUUGCACGCCAGGGAGCUCACUUGGAUGCUGCUAAUGCAGUGGUUUGACUUCACCCCUGGAUGCACACUCCAUUGUCUCUCAACCAUGACAACAAUUUAUAACUGGGAUGGGGGAUCCGUUGAACUCCAGCCCCCAUCACUCCUUUUGCCAUGCUGGCCGGGACUGAUGAGAGUUAGGCUCCAAUAUCCUCUGGAGUUCUACAGGUUCCCCACCCUGACUUACAGAUUUCUGUCGGUCUUCUUAGGGGUAGUGGGGGGGGGAUAAAUGGGUGUGUCCUGGCAUUUGAAGCUAUCCUUCAUUUUUAUAUCAGGUAUUGGAAGUUUACUGUCCUGGUCCAUUAAAUCUCUUCUGUGCAAGGGCAGUUUCCCCACCUUCUAAUUCAUUCUCCACCUCUUUUUUUUUAAGGACAAUCCAUGGGUUGAUCUACAAUGCACUGAAGCUGUUCAUGGAGAUGAACCAGAAGCUGUUUGACGACUGCACACAGCAGUACAAGGCAGAGAAGCAGAAGUGAGUACUCGUGGCUGGGGAAACUGCCUGCAGCUAACCCUGCGACUAGUGGGGCCAUCCCACUUGACAGCAGCUACCAAGUCUAAACUACUUGAGCCUCUUGGGCUUGCCGAUCAGAAGGUCAGCAGUUCGAAUCCCCGCGACUGGGUGAACUCCCGUUGCUCUGUCCCAGCUCCUGUUAACCUAGCAGUCCCGUAGAUAUGAGGGCCCUAAGCCACAAAGGGCUUUAAAGGGGAAGAGCCUCAGCUCUGGGAGGAACUGCCUGUCCCUGGAGAUUGGGACUUACCUCUGAGGAGAUGGCACUGGAAAAGGGAGACUUGGGACACUGAAGAAGGGACUAUACUGACUAUGAGUCUGCUGAAAGACUCAGGGAUGGCAGCAAUGUGGUUCACCAGAGGUAAAAGCAGAAAGAGUAAAUCAGUGUUUUCUGGAAUAAAACCUGGUUUGCAGCUGACCAGACGUGAGCUGGUGCCUUUUUUGAGCUUUUUGCCAGGUGUGGUCUAUGGAAGCUAUGGCACAAGCAGCUUCCACGGGGGGUACAGCACGGGUGUCCACAUAAAACACCUUGAAAAAGGUGGUAGAUGAGCAACACCUAAAGAACAUUUAAGACAAAGCUACCUGAAAGAAAUGGGAGUUUCUUUCACAGGCAAAUCAGGCAGAAAGGAAUUCCUCAAAGGGGGGAAGGACCACUGCGAGAACACUCUGUUUAUUAUGCCUGCUAGCCUAUUAGAUCUUAAUCAGUCGGCCCAGGGCUGAUUUUAAAGCGCAAACAGGUUUAUACAGGUGGUCUUGACCCACAACGUAGCCCCGUUGCGGCCAUAUGGGAUAUCACUAGCAAAAUAAAUUCACCAGCGACCAGAGCAACUGAUGCAAUAUUGGAGCUGCGUAUUCUGACCCCCUUGGCCCUUACCAACAUCCGAGUGGCCUCAUUCUGAGCCGCUUGAAGUUUCUGAAUGUUUCUGAAAGGCUGCCCCACAUGGAAUGCAUUGCAGUAGCCUUGCCGACAGCGCUUCCACAGGUAGUCCAAAAGAACUUACAAGCUGUGAGCUUUAUCCUUCAGGGAAAAGCGCCAUUCCAUCCAGGAGUGGUUGGAUACCUCUUUCCAGUUUUGGCUGUUUUCCGCACUCGCAAUAUCUCUGUCCGUUCGGCUUGCUUGCCCUCAGCCACCUCUAAACCACCUCUAGACACCUGUUUGAGACUUCACAGGCUUCCUUGGGAUUAGUAGGGAUUCAAACAAGAGACAGAGGAGCCUGUCAGCCACAUACUGGGGACACCACAGCCGUGUGACUUCUCACAGUGUAAGAUGUUCGAAAGCACAGGCGAUAAGAUGGAGCCCAGAGACACCCUGUUGGUUACUGGGCGGAGCAGAUACUUUCUGGGUCUAAUCUUCUUGAAGAAACGGGGGUUACCAUAACACUGUGCUUCCUAAGCCCAGCAGGGACCUUAGCUAAACUACCCAGCUGUGGCAUUGUGCUAGUGGAAAUCCCAUAAGGUAGGGCACUCAGUUGCCACUGUUCCCCACCACCUUCAGUCCCUCUGCCCCGUAGGCUCUUGUAGUUCUGCAAGGUUCCACAACCCUCAGUAGCAGCUUUUCUGGAAGGUGUUUAGGGCUGCCAAUGGGCAGGGAGGGUUGGCAGAAAUUGGAUGCUCUCCCUUACGCUGCAGAAGCGCUUUACAAUACAGUGGUACCUCGGGUUACAGAUGCUUCAGGUUACAGACUCCGCUAACCCAGAAAUAGUACCUCAGGUUAAGAACUUUGCUUCAGGAUGAGAACAGAAAUUGUGUGGUGACGGCAGCGGGAGGCCCCAUUAGCUAAAGUGGUACCUCAGGUUAAGAACAGUUUCAGGUUAAGAACAGACUUCCAGAACGAAUUAAGUUCUUAACCUGAGGUACCACUGUAGUGCAAAGCCACCACUGAAUGCCAUCCCAUUGUUCUCUGUCCCCAUUGAGAAGGCUGAGCUGCAGUCCUGUGGAUGCUUUCUUGGGAAUAAACUCCACUGAACCCAACAGGGCUUCUAAACUAAAAGCAACCAAGGAAGAGUCAUGUGGCUACCUUAAAUACUUAUAUCCAUUGUAAGGACACAAGGAGAGCCCUGCUGGAUCACACCAGUCAUGUAUCUGGCCCAGCUUUCUGUUCUCACGCUGGCCUACGGGAAGCCUGCAAACAGGACCCAUUUGUGAUCCCCAGCAACCAGUUUUUGGAAGCAGAAGCUUUUCAGAGCAAGUUGAACACGCACACGGUUGAGCCUGUUAGGUACUCUUUGCCCCCAGUAAAACUGCCAGACUUAAGAGCUUAACUGUACUUGGCAUUCCCAGUUCUGCAAAGCUCUCGGUUCUGCGCAAAGGAGAACUUGACCUAUGAGGUGCUACAAAGCCUUGGGGAGGGGAUGGGCUCCUUGGGGUUGUGCCACAAAUAAGAUUAAGAAAGAGGGGAAGAUCACAGAUUAGGGAUUUGUGCCUCCUUUAUGAAAAGGGCAUGAACUAAGAGGACUCUUACGCUUGGAGAUAGGGGUAAAUCAGGGGUGACUGCGGUCCCUCAGUAAUCUGAGGCGAACGGAUCAGCUUGUCUCUAUGAGGCGCGGCUUGAGCGAUUCCUCAGCCAUCUUAAUUUUUUAAAAAGGAAAGAGCAGGGUAGAUGUGUUUACAUUUGAAUCUUCUUGGUAGGCAGCCUGCAGGAAGCCUCGUGCAAGUUCCAAAGAUAACGGAAGCUCAGUCCACAGUAACUCGGAACAAGAGGAAAGCUUUCAGUGGAGCUGCCCCUGUUUUUGUGGAAUAGCAUUCCUGUUGAGAUAUAGCAGGCAGGCUGUCUGCAGUUUCCAAAACCAGCUGAAGACAUUUUUGUCCCAUUGGCUUCCCAUCUGGAUGAAUGGGUCUCUGCCAUGGGUGUCUACUUUGCAUUCACACACACACACACACACACACACACACACCUGCUGUUGUUUGCUGUGUUUUUAACUGCUUGGCUAUUUUAAUUUUUUUUGUACAUUGAUAUGUGUGGAAGGCAGUUAAUUACUUAAUAUAUCUGUUUAAUGUGGAGCAUUUGAUUGGGUUUUGAAGAAUGGCAUAACUUGACCAGAGCUCUAGAGGGAGGGCGCAGGUUAAAAGUCUAACUAGAGGGAGGGCGCAGGUUAAAUGUCUAAAUGAAAAAAUAACACCCACCCUAAAAUAAAUUCCUUUUCGUCUUCAGAGGGCGGUUCAGGUUGAAGGAACGAGAAGAGAUGUGGCACAAGAUUGAGGAGCUGGCCCGCCAAAAUCCUCAGGUAAUAGUUGUUAGCAACAGAGGAAAUAUGUUUUGGUAGUGUACUUUCUUAGGUUACCCAAAGCACAAACAUGUUACCUUAACGAUAAACUCUAUGUGUUUGCUCCAGUGAAUAAGCAUUGAACUCUGCCUAGGACAGGGAACCUGUGUCCCUCCAGAUGUUGUUGCACAUGCCGAUGGAAAUUGGAGCCCAGCAAAAUCUGAAGGGAGCACCAGGUUGGCUGUCCCUGCACUGUGGUUUUAAAUUUCUGCAUGGCCCUGGUCGAGUUGCUGUUGGUUUCAGUUCCUCAUCUGUAAAAUGGCAAUUCUUGUCAGAUGCAGAAGUUAAGAGAUUAUAAAUAACAAGACCAAUGGUUCCUUUGUUGAGCACGGUAGAUAUGUCUCCGCAAGGUAUUUGCUAAAACACACAGUUUAAUUCUCCCUCACUUCUUCCUGGCAAAGUAGCAUCCAGGUAUUUAAUCAGCUCCUGUCACCUCUGUUUGCUCAUUUCAAAUAUGGUUACUAAAUGCCUGCUUCAUAGCUUGGUAAGUUUUGAUAGCUUUGGAACAAACAUGGGAAGCCACCUUAUACUGAGCCAGCUCAGUAUUGCCUAGGCCAGGGGUAGUCAACCUUUUUAUACCUACCGCCCACCAAUGCAUCUUUCUUGAUGGUAAAAUUUCCUUACCGCCCACCUGUUCUAAAUGGAAGGAGGAUUCAGCUUGUGCUGUAGAUUCCCCUACCGCCCACCUAGAAUCCUGAAACGCCCACUAGUGGGCAGUAGGGACCAGGUUGACAACCCUGGUCUAGGCUGACUGGAAGUCGCUCCCCAGAGUUUCAGGCCAAGAGCAUUUUGCACCCCUACUUGCAAAGGCGAGUAAUUCAACCUGGGACCAUUAGUUUAUUUAUAGCAUUUAUAUGCUGCUUUUUAGGGCACAGCCCCCACAGAUGCAAUUGAUGCCCAUUUUGAAUACUAAACAUAAGAUUCCAGAAACGUAAGGAAUUACCAAGUCUUGGGAAUCGGUGUAAAAGCACUUUGUUACGGAAAGGCAGAUGAGUCACAUUUUAAGGAUAAUGCCGAAAGGGGCCUUCAGUAGUUCUACAGUAGUGGAGUUCCACAACUGUGAGGCCACCACCAAGAAGGCCCUUUCCCUUUUGCUCACCAGCCCAGUUGACUGUUCUUGUGAGGAUUCCGUGACAGCCUUUGCCGUUGAUCUUAGCCAACAAGCAGGAUCUUUUAUUACGUAAAUGACCUUUGCACGGAAAACUUGUCCGCUGCCCCCGAGCUACGGCCCUUCCCUGGAGCAGUGACCUUUGGAAACAGAAGUGGUUAGCAUCAAGAAAACAUAAUUAGGGAACAGCGCAGCCUGCAGAUACUCUUCUGUGCCCUUUUGCAUGUUACUCAGCAGAAGCUCCUUAUAACUGUGAGUGUCUCCCUUGAAACUAAAGUAACAUAAAAAGGGGCUCUUUCUUCUCACCAUCAGUGAGGCCAGGCCAGGAAAUACUCUGUUGCAGGGCCCUGGGAGAACCUGUUGCCCUCCAGAUAUUGUGGGACUCCCAACUCUUGUCAUCCUUGUACAUUGUUGGCUGGGGUUGAUGGGAUCUGGAGUCUCGCCGGAUCUGGAGGGGUCACAGGUUCCUGGCUACUGCUUUAUAAGCCGUCUGUGUCAGAAGGAAUGUGAUUUAGGAAAGAUUCAAAGUGCUCAGUGCUCAUCUGUGUGCUACUCAGUUUUAAAGCCCUGACUUUACAAAUCAGGUCGGGAAGCCAGAUUGAUGCGUUCUGCCUUAGGGAGGAAUUCAGUGUCACACAUUCCCUCAGAACAAGCAUUUCAGCUUCCAGAUGAAACAAACCUCCCCUCCUGCAGAUGCACUGUUCUUGGGGUCUUGUCAACCCCCCACCAAGCCAGUUUGUUGGGGGAGAGGGAAAAGCCCCUGUUGCAUCUGCACAAGUCCUAGUGAGGGCUUCUGCUGGCAGGACUUCGUAGUGGAAUCCACCCAUUUUUUCCCUCCAACUCCCAUUUUUUAUGAAAUUUGAAUAUGAAAUUUUAAAUGAAGGAUUAUUUUAUAAUACUGCUCUUGUAGGAACAUAGGAUGCUGUCUAACAUUGAAUCAUGGCAUUGGUCUGAUCCCCAUAGCGGAAGGGCUCUCCAUCGCUCAGUGGUUAGAGCAUCUGCUUUGCAUGCAGAAGGUCCUGGGUUCAAGUCCUCUGCAUUGCCAGGAAUCUCUUGCUUGAAACUUUGGAGAGCUGCAGCCAGUCUGUGCAGGCAGUACGGAGCUGGCUGUCUCGCUCAGUAGAAUGCAUUUUGUUCCCUUGCAUCUAGGAUCUGUAGUAAAUCCUCAGUAUUAAUUCCAGCAGGGCCUCAUGCACCUCUGCACUUCCCCCCUUUAAGCCAAAGCUUCCUGAAUAUAGGAACAACAACAAAUAAUAAUAAUAAUGGUUAGCAACUCUUAUCUUAAUGUAAAGCGGCUGUGCUGAUGUUAAAAACCAGAGUUUUCGCCACUUUGGGGUCAUUUAGACCACUCAGUAGCUUGGACAUGCUGAAUUUUAUAAUCCACUCUUAAUUGGAGUUUGACACCAAUGCCAUUUUGACAAAACAAAAUUCAGAAAAGGGGUGGGGGGAGAAAUCCCGCAUGAAAGCUGCAGGGAACCGGGAGAAAAGUUUUAACCUUUUCUAAUUCCUUGUGCCAUUUUCACAGAAGGGAGAGCGUGAGCUGCAAAGGGGUUUUUUUUUUCCUCCAAUGCUUUAUCACACUUAACCUACAUAUAUAUGUGUUUAAACAUUCGGCGUUUCAGUACUUGAGUUGCUGAGCUUGCGUUCCCAUUUUUCUAUGUGCUGUGUUCUUGCAGUACCCCAUGUAUUGCGCCCCCCCACCCUUGCCUCCUGUUUAUUGCAUGGAGACGGAGACCCCCACUGCAGAGGACAUACAGCUACUGAAGAAAACGAUGGAAACGGAGGCUGUGCAGGUGACUCAUCUCUCUAUCCUCCAGUGGGUCAGGAGUCCUUUUCUGUAAUGUGAAAAGCAGAAGGGGUUCUUGGUGAACAGCGGAACUCCUCACGAGCAAGCAGCCUCUUCUCCCUAAUAAGAGACCUCACCACCCACCUCCAGAGGCAGGCUGUAGGCCUUCAGGCUACCUUCCGCUGUUUCUCCAUGAGAGAGGGCAGUGGAGGGGAGGCUGGGCGGGGACUUCAUUCCUGGCUCUCAGUUGUCUUGGGCUCAUUUAGAUUUGAGGGCCAGAUUGGAGGGCCUUUGCACACUUGCAGCUUGCGGCAGCUGGGACUUGCAUGACGUCAAACCCAUUGCCAGAGUCUUGUGGUACCUUAAAGACUUAACAGAUUUGUGGUGGGAGGUCUGUGGCAAUUGCUGAGCUAACACCUUGUAAGGAGCCAGGGAGCCAGUCCCAAGAAACAGUCGUGGUUUCCUUGCCAGAGGUUCCUAUCUCUGCAGUUGACACCAGUCUGCUAAAUGCUGUGCUUGUUUAAUAUAGAUUUAAACACUUAAUUGUCACGGACUGUAUUUUUUUUGGUCUCAUUUCGAUCCCACCAUGCCAGUUUCCCCAACACAUACCUUCCAACUAAGGUUUCGCUUUAUGCAGCUGACGAAGUGAGCAUGAGUAAAGCUUGUGCCAUAGUGAACGUCGCAAGUCUGUUAAGGUCCCACAAGACUCGAUUGCUUAUGCUACAAGAGACCCAACACGGCUGCCUCUCUGGAAAUGUUUGCAUGGUGUUAGUUCACAAAGGAUCCAACCAUUUCUUCAUUAAACCACUUCUGAAGUGCAAGCCAAACCUUGCGUUUCUCAGCAAGUGGCUGUCCCAUGCCCUCAGAACUGUCUGCCAUGCAAGUGUUAUUUCCUGCUCACGCCCCCCUCCCCAAAGCCCCGCUAGUGUGUAUUUUGCUUGUUUCCAGUGUCCUUUCUGAAAGAGAAAGAAAGAAAGAAAGAAAGAAAGAAAGAAAGAAAGAAAGAAAGAAAUUGAGAACUGAACAGUUGCAGAAAACCAAACAGACUUGCUUAGUCGUUUUUGCAUGAAUUGACAAACUCAGCGGAGCAGAGGGGAAGACAGGAAGGGAGCAGCUAAACCAUCCUUUGGCAUGCUGUGUUGGCCAAGUCACAUGCUUUCUGUUUCAGCCAGAAUAAUCAUCCCUCCUCACGGUGUCACACCUUGAAAUAUGUGGGAUAGUGGUGCCUACACAGAAUCACAGGGCACUGCAGAUCAGCCAUGGCCAUGUGGUCAGGGCCGCCAUGAUUGGGCGUCCACCAGGAUCCUCCCAUUAGUGAUUGCUGCUUCCCUCCUGGCAUACUUGCUCUGCGCCUGAAGAUUGCCAGUUCCCCUGUACUCCUCGCCCCAGCCACAUCAGCCUCGUUCCCCCAGCUCCCAUUCUGCUUACCUUUGCUCCCCGUGCAAAUUCCCACACAGAAGCAUUGGGAAGAGCUUGCACAUCUGUGCUCCUUUGGGACACUACAGAAGUCCCAUCCAUUGCCAGCCCAACAUGCCCACCCCACCCCUGCCAGCCCUGUGGCUGUUAGAAGGGAAUGCAACCUUCUAACAACCUUCUAAUAUGCAGAGCUGCAUUAUGAUGGCAAAUGCCAGGCACAGAGUCCCGUUUUGUCCAAGUAAACAUGCUUACAAUCAGGUUAAAUGCCUUUGCUCAUACGAUAGCGAGUGGGAGCACUGGAUUGCUUAUUUCCAAGCCUUCGUCUUCCCACUUUGUGAGACAGGCCUAUUAAGCAGAAAAGAUAAAGAAACAGCAGGCUGUAGUUCUACCUGAUGAAGAAAUCUCAGAUUCACCAGUUAGCCUUUAUGCUUGCUUCUCAGCCUCUGUGUGUGUCUCUCAUCUGCAAAAUAGGAUGUCUUCUAGACUGUCUUCUCCAUGCUGAAAUCUGUUUAUGAUUUGCCCGCCCUCCCUCUCUCUCCGUUGAUCUGUAGCCUGUGCCUUGACUCGCUUUCUUAACUUGCCAGCUUUGUGUGCAGUUUUGUUAGUUCCUCAUUCCUGACUGUGGCAUCACUGUUGUCUGCGGUGUGUGAGCUUGACAUCAUGCAUUGCUGGAAUUGCUUGGUGGGUGAUGCUUUGCAAAAAAGCGCAAAGGCUGCAUAGCACCGCUUGGGGAACCCUUUUCAGCCAGAGUGCCACAUUCCCUUCUGGGCAGCCUCCUGGCGCCCACACGCCAUCGGUGGGUGGGGCUAGAGGCAAAACUGGGCGGAGCAGUGAACGCAAAUUUCACCUUCGUACAGCAGGCUGGUUUCCACACCCGAUCAUAUACCCAUUUCUGUCCUCGUGUCUUCCAGGCAAAAACACUUAAGAGUAGGGAGCAAAGUAGGGCUGGUGAGAGGUGCAGCUUGAGGAGAGCCGCAUGGGUCACAUAGAAAGGCCUCGAAACUUAGUCAAACAGGCAUUUUUGCGCUGGUUUUCUUUUCUUUGUCUAUUAUUUAUUUCAGGCUAGGCCCGGAAGGUGCUUCAGUAGGCAGCAUCAAGAGGGCACAGAAACCCUAGGGCUGACUCCAUGGCUAGGAUCAGCUUGGCAUUGGCCUCCAGUAAACUCUAUAAAGUAGGCCGGGCUUUGCCAACCUGUCACCCUCCGGCUGGCUGGGGCUGAUGGAAGUUGUAGUCCAAAUGGGCUGGAGGUUGCGCAGUUGGCAAAGAUGGUAGUAGACCGAGCCCCCAGAGAGGAGGGCCAGGCCAGGAGGAGUUGCACCGCUCCCAGAAGCAGCCUCUGCUAACUUCUUGCGGGAUCUUGUGCCUAGAUGCUGAAAGACAUAAAGAAGGAGAAGGUUUUGCUGCGUCGGAAAUCGGAGCUUCCCCAGGACGUCUACACCAUAAAGGCCCUGGAAGCGCACAAGAGAGCGGAAGAAUUCCUCACCUCGAGCCAGGAGGCGCUCUGACGGGCUAGGGAGCCCCUGGAGGGAACACAGAAAUGCACUUUGUUCUAAUGUAUAACUAGGGAAUGAACAUGGUGAGCUGUGCCUGUCCUCCGCUCCAUUCUCAUUCUUUCAGGUUAGAUUUGAUUUUACAUUGUACCUCAUAUCCCCCACGACACUGUCACUUCCUCCUGCUUUCUCCUCUUUACAAAGCUGUUUUUUGUGUGCACGUGUGAAAGGGAGCCUAGCCCCAUCCAUGAGGAGGUCAUUCCACACAAGGGUCAUCCCUGCUCCUCCUCCUGUCCCCCCCCCCAUCAAUCUUCUGCAGUCCCAGGACCAAAGCAUCGAGGGUUCAGCCGCAAACUUACUGUAGCCUUAGCCCAAGCUGGCGCCCUGCAGAUGUUCUGGACCACAAAUCCCAUCAGGUAGUCCCAAACAUCUGGAACGCACCAGAUGGUCAAAGGCUGGUGCUACAGUAAUAAUUCACUACAGCCCCCUAGCAAUUGUUUAUAUCCUCCCUUUUUUUUAUCUACACCCCACACAAUGAUAUGGUCUGAAGAAUGCAACGUAUUAUGUGAAACUGGCAGAGCUGCUCGCUACAGUCUGCUUCCUAGGGAUCAAGGCAGGCUUGUUCCUUGGGGACCAAGCUAGAUUUAGGAACAUAGUUUUGCUCCCCCACCCCAGAAUAAAUGGCUAAUUAGAGAGUACCGAUUUGAUUUGUUCUGAUCUAUAUGAAUAAGGGUCGCUGGCUUUUUUGUUGGGUUCUGUGCAAGGAUGUAAUCAGUGUGUGUGUGUGUGUGUGUGUCAGUGUAAGAAAGAGAUCAUGAAUGCAAAUGGAGUGCGAGUCAGGGAAAUUUACAAUUUGUUCUAUUUGCACUCCCCCCCCCUCCAAUUGCAGCACAAUGGCAGCCUUACAUAGUUCUAGGUCUGGCCUGUGCUUUUUGCUGCUGGAGUGUCCAAAUACAGACUAGUGAUUGAUCUAUACAUUUACCGCACAAGAGCCUCCCUUACGAACUGGUUGGCUUUUCUCUCUGCAGUUUCAGCUAGAGCUGGAGCGAGAUUUGAUGCUUUCCAGCAGAUUCUCCUACUUGCGCCAACUUCCCUUUCUCCACUGUUGGGUUUCUAAGCUUGGGAGAACGCUGGACGAAUUACUUCCUGACUAACUUCACAGCAUACAAACAGCUUUGAAAACAUUUUUCAUAUUGGGAACAAGGGCGGGAGGGGACUUAACUGCACAAGCCAGGAAACACCUGUUGCUGCUUUCUUAAUAGGGAUCAGCACUUCGUUUGCUGGGGUGGGGGUGGGGGCAGGGACUAAGCCACAGUGUGCUCAAGUUCAUUUCAGCCGUUCUAGUUCCAUGGGCCUCAUCUUGGAAAAUCUCGGAGCAAGAGAUAGGAAAGGCUCAUUUUAGGGUGGUAGCCAGAGAGGAUUACCCCAUUUCCUGUAAGCUAUAGGUUUUAGCUUGUGAGCCACUGACUCAAAUCUCCUGCUCAGUGCAAGCAAUCCAGAGCUAUAGUGUGCUAGAGGUGGCCAUCCAACAUCCCCUUGUGGAGUUCCUGUAAGUUACAGCCUUCCAUGCCUCUAGGUAAUUGGUUCCAUUGUCAAAUUGCUCUUACCUUCAAAAAUUUUCUCCUAUUAGUGAACCAAAAUAUAUCCUCCUGUAAUUUAAGGCCAUAAGAUCUACUCUUGCCCUCCCCUCUAGGGGCAGAAAAGGACAAAUGGUUGCCUUCUUUGUGAUAGCUUUUCAGGUAUUUCAAGCGCUAGCAUGUCCGCCUUCAGUCUUCUCUUCUGCAGCUGUAACAUCCCCUGUUACUUUAAUGUAUCCCUAUGAGACUUGUUUUCUGUAGUUGACCAUGUUUGUUGGCCUCCGCUAAAUCCAGUUGUCUGUAUCAGGGGUUCCAUGGACCACCGGUGGUCCAGGAAAUGUGUUUGAAGAACAGUUACAAUUUGAAUUCCAUAGAAUUCUAUACAAUUCAAAUUGUAGUACAGUAUGAGAAAUAAAAGAAGCAAUAAAAAUACAAGUAAAAACCAUACAGCAUCAAGCACAGCAGGUUACAACAGGCAGAGAAAAACCAUUAAGUGGUCUCCCUCAAAGUUGGGGCACCCAGAACUGGACGCAUUACUCCAGAUGUGGUCUGACUAGUGUAGAGUAAAAUGGAACUAUUACUUCUCAUCUAGCCUAUAUUUAACCAGUUCACCAACAAAAAUGUUAAAAAGACUUUGCCAAAUGCUUAGCUGUAAUAAAUUACAUCCAGAGCAUUCCCACACUCCAAGCUAACGACCUGAUCAAAAAAGUCUGAGAUUCUUGACAAAUCCAUUAUGACUUCAACUAAUUGUUAUCAAGAUUGUAUAUAUACAUAAUUUGUUCUAGUAUCAUAGUCAGACUGACCAGUCUAUGAUUUCCUAGAUAUUUCUUUUUGCAAAGUGGAGCAACAGUUGCUUGUCUCCAGUCCUGUGAUGCCUCACAACCAUUCUCCAGGGUUUUUUCAAUUAGUGCUUCUGCAAGUAAACUAGUGACUUCCUUUAGUACUCUACGAUGUGAUCUAUAUGCCCUGAAGCCUUGAACUCAUUUGAGGUAGCUAGGUAGUUUCCUGACCAACUCCUUAUUAAACUUGAAUUAGCUUCAUAUGCUGCCAUUGUUUACAGAUUGCUGAUUGAAUUUCAGAAUCAUGGAAGGUCACAAAAGGGGAGGUCCCUCAUUCCUAAUCAAUUCCACGUCAACCUUCUCUUUUAUGAAUUCUGACUUGCGUUUCCCCACCUCAGAUUCUAGGUUCCAGUCUUCUACAAUUAAUUUAAGGCUGUAAAUCCAAGUACACUCACUCAGAAGUAAAUCCCAUUGAAAGCAGUGAGGCAACCGUGGGGUGUGGGAGGUUCAGACUGCAAGCCUCUUUCUCCAGUCUACAUCACACUUUAAAUCUUCAUACGCUGUAUUGCAUUAUCUACACACCUACUUCACUUCUGUUGUGUUUCUCCCUAUUUCUUCUGUACCUAGAUUAAUUUUGUUCCAAGUUCCCUAAAGCCCAGUUUCAUAGAUCUGCCUGCAUCUCACUAAAGGUACCCACUUUCCUGUACUGGUAACUGAUCUGCACUGUUGCUUUUCUGAAUUUGCCAAUUAGUUUGGAAAGGAAGGUGAGGCACAGGCUAUUAGUACUCUGACAUCCAGCUCAUCAAUCAAUCAUAGCUCCUCCACUGUCUGCUGCCAAAAUAUUUUCAAUACCCGUUGAAGAUGCUCUGGCUGACUGGUGAACAGUUUCUCUGAACACUAAAGCCCUUCUUUGAGUGAGAUCUGCUUAAACCUCUUGCCGUGUGCCAACUGAAGCAGCAAGAGGGAAGCAGAAAACCAUGACACAAAAGGAAAGGGGGAGUUUUGAUUUAAUAUAUUUGCCUGUCUUUUCAGUGGUAGAAUUGAAUAGGAACCAGAAUGAACUGAGUGGCCACUGGGCUUCAGGUGUAGCUGCUGGAGGGACGAUAUUGACUUGGAACUCUUCUAAAGCAAAGUGCAAUUCAGUCAAUUUGUGCCCCCCACCCCCACCCAAGGCUGGGCUCUGCAGACGAGAACUAUAGGGCACAUCCCCCCACCUAGCCCCAUACACAACACAGCCCUUCUCUGCCUGCUGGAGUUUUGCAAUGGUGGAGCAGGGCUGCAAUUGAGCAUCAUGUGCUGUAUGACUUAGAUGUAAAUAUAGCCUCUGUCUAAUCUUUGUUUGGGGUCAGGGAACUUGUGUUUGGUACCUAACAUUAAAGUUUAGUUUGCUGCCAAUUCAUUCCAGUGUCCUAUGUAUCUUCACGGGGAUGGGAGAAGCUGUGUGAGAAAGGGGGCGAAAGAACUAACGCCUUCCAGCCAAAACGAGCACCUCAAGCACACGGCUUCAGGUCACUAUUCACUUUAAUCCAGCUCUACUUUUAAAAAAAAAGAUUCCCUUGUGUUUCUCCCACUUUGCUUGUAUACUUUCCCUACUUUUUACAUGGACAGGGUUGGAGCUGCCUCUUUCACUUCUUACAUAGCCCCUUCUCAAAGGGAGUGGGGGGCGCAAGCAAAACUUAAGUGAUGCAUUCACUCUCUGGACACAAGUAUUAAGCUGCUUUACAGUUCAUUAUGUACAUAUGGUGUACUUUAUUUUCAGUAGAGUAUUACAUAGUAUGACAGUGUUGGAUUUUGUACAGAUGUCCCUGUAUGUACAGAACUAAAUAAAAUGGAUCUCUUG